AGGAGAGGGGGGCGUGGUCCGGGGGGAGCCGCUCUCUCUCUCUCUCUCCCUCGCUUGGCUGGCUGGCGGGAGGGAAAGUCUGGGAGGCAGCGCGGGGGGCUUCACCCCGCACAGCUUCUGCGGCGGCCCCCCUCGCCCUCGGCGGGGAAGGGGGCUUGCAGGCCCCCUCCUCCUCCUCCUCGCUCCCCCCUCUUCCCGAUCAUGGAGCCCAAGCCGCGUCUUUUCAAACGCCUCGCCUCCUCCGGCGGCAGGAUCUGCUCCCCGCCGCCCGGCUUGACGUCUGCCGUACCCUGUUGCCCCGACGGCAGCCCCCCGGCGCCCGGCUUGUGCUGCGGGGUGAUCUCCGCCUCCUGCAAGCCGCUCGCCUCCCCGUACCCCCCUUCCUCCUCCUCCUCCGAGGCAGCCAGCAACGCCGUCUACACGGUGCUGGUGGAAGAUCCGGCGUCGAUCCGAAGGAGGUCCCGGCGCAGGAGCUGCGAGGACGGCGCCGGCAGGAGCUCCCCGGCCGGCAGCAAAGGCAGGCUGCAGCUUUUGCAAAAGGUAAGAAGCGGCGGAAGGCGGCGGCGGCGGCAACUUGGCUCUCCCGCCCCGUCUGGUCCCGUCCCGUGUCGCUGCUGCUCCCGGCCUCGGCCGCGCUGUCGGAUCUGGCGAAGGAGAAGCGGGUGGGUGUGUCCCGCCAUGGCGCACAGGAGCACGGAGGGCGGGCGAGAGACGCAGGCGACUAGCUGAAGUUGCGAAGACUCGACGGUCGUGGGCUUCGCGGCGCUGCUGCUUCCUUCGUGGACUUUUGGGGCGGGGAGAGAGAUACGGCCGUCCUGCGCAGGGGAGGCCAGGAGUGCGGGGCGUGUGUAGGGAAUAUUAUUUUUGCAGAGAUCGGAAAAAGGAGAGUCCCCAACGCGUUUGGCAAGAAACUGCUUAGAGCCUUGGAGGCGGAUUUCGGUUGGGGGGGUGCAUUAUAUUUGCAAACGGGGGGAGGGGGAGGGGAACCACCCGGAGCCAUGCAUGGCAGCUGGAGGGUGGGACCGGGAAGUUGCAUAGGGAGGGUGGGCUGGAGGAGCGGCCCUUACACGAAGCCACCGAGAGCCGCCGCGCUUGCUUGCAAAAUAAAGAAGCCCCGGGUGGGUUGGAAAGACCCGGCUUCUUUGCAGACGGCACCCGCGCGCGCACCCUUUUUCCCUAGGCUCGGAGAGCGGAAACUAGCCGCGCAGUGCGAUCCUUGGAGCGCUUUACUCGGCCGUCAAUUCUAAAUAGUAGUUGGGGGCUCCGCUAGGCCCCCGAAGCAAAAAGGGCCCGUGCCAGCGCCGAGCCCCUGCCACGCUGCGCUUGCAAAGAGAGACCGUGCGCGCCGUCGGGUCCAGCUGGCAAACCCGAGAGGCGCCCGGCUUCCCCGGCCUUGCAGCAACCCCGGCGAAAAGUUAGAUUCCCCUUCGCGAAAAGAUGGCGCCUCUCGCUGCUUGCUUUGCUUGCGCUGAAAGUUUUUGAUCGAGGGGAGGGAAUUGCAAUGGGCCGGGACGUGGAGCGGAGCUGCAGAGAGCCGCCUUUUCUCUCUCUCUCUCUUUCCGCCCGAGCCCAUCCCCGCCCCAUCGGGUCUCCACCCCUGCAUGGCGGGGCGCGAGCUGCUCGGAGGGACGGGCCAUCAAUCACUCUGCAGAACAGGCACCGCGCUGGGCCAGGAGGGGAGGGCCCACCGGGGUGGGUGGGCUCGGCCUCGGUUUGUGGGUGGGGGAAAGAGCAGCGCUCGCCUCCGGAGCGCUUCGCUGGGGAUUCGCACGUGCGCCGUGCAGGGGGCGGGGAGGCGUCGCUUCUGGAUCCUGCUGGGAGUCCGAAAGGGCGAGUUGAGUCGCAGGCGGCGGCGGGCAGAAUCUGGAGCUCGUGGGAGUUGGAGGCCAGAACAUCUGCAGGGCACCUGCUUGGCAAUGUUGGGCCUUGAUUAUUCCUGCGUUGCGGGAGGGGUGGACUAGAUGAGCUUUGGUGGUCCCUUGUAGGAAAAGUUGUGCUGGACCAGGCCGGUGGCCCACUUUGCCCAGCACCUUCUCUCCUCCUGCAGUUUGCAGUGUCCUAUUUGGAAUAGUAAAGGUAAAGGGACCCCUGACCAUUAGGUCCAGUCGUAGCCAAAUCUGGGGUUGCGGCGCUCAUCUCGCUUUAUUGGCCGAGGGAGCCAUCAUACAGCUUCCAGGUCAUGUGGCCAGCAUAACUAAGCCGCUUCUGGUGAACCAGAGCAGCGCACGGAAACACCGUUUACCUUCCCGCCGGAGCGGUACCUAUUUAUCUGCUUGCACUUUGACAUGCUUUUGAACUGCUAGGUUGGCAGGAGCAGGGACCGAGCAACGGGAGCUCACCCCGUCGCAGGGAUUCGAACCACUGACCUUCUGAUCAGCAAGUCCUAGGCUCUGUGGUUUAACCCACAGUGCCACCCUCAUCAAUACCUCAUCACAAAAGGCCCUACCUGCCCGCGGACUGUCUCACCAGAGUGGUGCAUGCUCUAGUUAUCUCCUGCUUGGACUACUGCAGUGCACUCUAUAUGGGGCUACCUUUAAAGGUGACCCGGAAACUGCAAUUAAUCCAGAAUGUGGCAGCUAGACUGGUGAUGGAAGCGGCCGCUGGGACCACAUAACACCAGUCCUGAGAGAUCUGCAUUGGCUCCCAGUAUGUUUCCAAGCACAAUUCAGAGCGUUGGUGUGACCUUUAAAGCCCUAAACGGCUUCAGCCCAGUAGACCUGAAGGAGCAUCUCCACCCCUGUUGUUGAGCCCAGACACUGAGAUCCAGCUCCGAGGGCCUUCUGGUGGUUCCCUCAUUGCGAGAAGUGAGGUUAUAGGAAAACAGACAGAGGGCCUUCUCGGUAGCGGCUCCUGUCCUGUGGAACACCCUCCCUUCAGAUGUCAAAGGAAAUAAGCAGCUAUCUUCUUUUUAAAAGACAUCUGAAGGCAGCCCUGUUUAGGGAAGUCUUCAAUAUUUAAUGCUGUAUUGUUUUUAACACUCGAUUGGGAGCCGCCCAGAGUGGCUGGGGAAACUCAGCCAGAUGGGUGAGGUAUAAAUAAUAAAUUAUUAUUCUAUUAUUAUUAUUGUUGAGUUGGAAAGGGGCAAGUGAAAUGAUCGAGCUGGUGGAAUGAGAAAAUGUUCCAGUGUCUGGGACUUUUUAGUUUAGAGAAAAGGUGAAUAAGAGGGGAUAUGGUAGAGGUGUGUGGAAGCAUGCACUGCAUGUAGAAGGUGAAAAUAGAAGUUUUUCCUCCCAUCCUUACACUAUAAAUCAUGGCUAUUAAAGGAAGCUGAAGGUUGGAAAAUUCAGGACAGAUAAGACAAUCCUUUGAGCAGUGCAUUGUUAAACUGGAACUCUCUAUUUUAUACUGGGAAGAGGCAGAUUGGGGGCCACCACCAAGAAGACCUCUCCUUUGUUUCCAGCCUCUGAACAUCACUUGUAGGGGGGCAUGCACAAGUCUAAACAGGCUUGAAAGUGUCUAGGCAAAUUUCAAGAUCUAAGGGGAGCUGGGAGGGAUUUUCCAAUGAGCUGGAGCUUCCAUGUUGCUUGGGAAUCCUUCCUGACCAUGUUCCAGGAAUCUGUUUUAUGCAGAGUCAUAUCACUCGUCUAUUCAGCUCCAUGGUGCCUAUGCCAUGGAUGAGAAAUCGGUGGCCCUCCAGCUGCUGAUAGGCCACACUUGUCCGAUUCCUUGACCAUUAACCCUGCAGGCUGGGGCUGAUGGGAGUUGGAGUCCAGUAACAUCUGGAGGGCCAGAGGCUCCCCAUUCCAGGUCACAGUGUGGUUGCACCUCUACAGAAUUUUGGACUGGAAGUUUGUUUAUUUUUAUUAUUUGCAUUAAUUUAUUAAAUUUAUAUACCACACUUCACCACAAUAUCUCAGGGCGGUUCAAUACAAGUUAAAAACAAGUAAAUAACUAAAACAAAAAGAACUAAACAAUUUAGCCCCCCCGCCCUUCCCACAGACACACUGUAGAAUAUUAAUCAGCCAAAGGCCUGGUUGAAGAAGAACAUGUUCGUCUGGCGCCUAAAGACAUACAAUGUGUGUUUAGGGAAGUUUUUAAUGGCUGAUGUUUUAAUUUAUUUUUAAUCUUGCUGGAAGCCGCCCAGAGUGGCUAGGGAAACCCAGCCAGAUGGGUGGGAUAGAAAUUAAUAAUAAUAAUAAUAAUAAUAAUAAUAAUAAUAAUAAUAAUGGUCCCCGGCUAGCCUCCCUAGGGAGAGCAUUCCACAGACGGGGAGCCACUGCAGAAAAGGCCCUGUUCUCGUGUUGCAGCCCUCUGGACCACUCACGGAGGCGCAGGGCCUCAGAUGGUGAUUGUAGUGUCCGGAUUGGUGCAUAUGGGGAGAGGCGGUCCUUGAGGCUUGGCGGUCCUGAGUCGUUUAAGGCUUUAUAGGUCAAACCCAGCACUUCGAAUUGGGCCCAGAAACUAAUUGGCAGCCAGUGCAGUCGGGCCAGGAUCGGUGCAUGAUGCUCAAACCGUCUUGCUCAACCUGGCCUGCUGAACUCUGCGCCGGCUGAAACUUCCGAACCGUCUUUGGAGGCAGCCCUACGUACAGUGCAUUGCAGUAAUCUAGAGGUUACCACUGUGUAGACAGGGUUAGGCCAAGGUGCUCUGUCACUGAGGUGCAACCCCUCUCUGAAUGGUGAGGGUUGCCCACCCCUCCCCGAAGAAGUGAGGGGCAAGGUUCAUGGGUGGAAUCGCUCUCUUAGGGAACCGUCGUGUCUCAGGGUCUCCAAGCAGAGAUGGGAGGCUGGUGGGUCUGGUGUUUUAACAGGCUCCCAAGGCCAGCCCCAAUGGGAUUCGUUGGGGCUUCAUGGCUAGGGCUGGGUCCCUGUGAUUUAGUGCGAUGGAAGUUCACCCAAGCCUUGCUACCUUUUGGGUUGGAGGCCGGGUGCUCUUGAGAAUAAGCAAGGUUUCGUGCAAGAGUGGAGAAUCUGCUACCUUUCAGAUGCUGUUGGGCUGAAGCUAACAAAAAAGUUACUAUAAUAUCACACACACACACAAAACGUGUGUUUAUCCUCACACACCUAUAAACAUAAGCACCCCUAUUAAACCCUUAAUAAGCCAGUCCUAAUAUGCCAAACAUAAUAACACUCUUAAGCCAAACGUUUCUUUGGUACUGCUCUGGUGUGCUGUUGAAAACAUUACAAUUCUACUAAUACAAAUAUUUCAAGGUCAGCCCUUCAUCAAAACAGCCUUUUUCUGAUUCUCUCCAUCUGCCCCCAAAGUAAUUUGGGGAGGGUGUCUCUUUUUCAACCUCUUGCCCCCUAACUUCCAUCCUCCCUGGUAGGGCUGGGUGAUGUUUUUCAGCAUCAUGAUUUUUCACCAGCUAAACAUCACAAUAUAUCGAUAUAUCACAAUGUAUGAAAUAAGGAUGGAGGCUUCACGGUUUUCCCCGCAUUGUGAUUUUUGCAUAGCAUAACACACACUCACACACCAUGAUUCAUAAUAUAUAUCCAGGUCUAAAAUCAUGAAACCGAUAUCACAAUAUGGACCAGUUUUGGACAAUAUAUUGCCCUUGCCUGCUGGUGCAGAUGGAAAUGGGAUUCUAGCUCCUAUUUUAGCAGGUCAGCAGUACCACUGAAUGUCCACUAGAUGGACGCUGCUGCGAUUCACUCAUGGGACACAUAUUUUCUCCCUGGGCUUUUUUAAAAGUGGGGAAAUGGUGUGGAAUAAUUGGCUUUGAGGCUGGAGGCAGAGUCAUGCACACUUCCUUGAAAUUUCACCUUGGUAUCCGUUCUCCAGCCUUAACCUGACAUGCAACAGGUUUCACCAGCUUCGUAGUCAUGAGGCCUAGAAACUUGGUGGUGUGCUUUUAAUUGUUUUGUUAAAGUUGAGGUUCUAGAGUUGUACAACCGCCGCUUGGAUGUGCAAGGGCGCCUACAUCACCGGUCAGAACUUUGGAACCGGUGCUGAGGGCGGUCCAGAGAGGUCCAGUCUGCUGCAGUGGUCGCAUUCUGUAGACAGAUGCAGCCCUGGUUCACUCUCCUGUUUUUAAGAAAGAAAGCUCUCUGGGAAGCUGACUCCUUGCAGCAUUGAGUUCAUACCAGCAGAUGCCCUCUGUCAACAAGCAAGGCGCUCGUCUGAGUUUGAGCUGCAGAGUGGCAGCCGAGCGUUGGAGAGUUUUCCAAUUUGGUGUCGUCUACAAGUAAUCUCUUAGUGCGGAGUGAGAUAAGCUAUAAAGGACAGGAAUUAAGACCGGGGUGGGGAGGGAAGGUACAUUUAUUAUUUGGCUAUUUAGAGCAUUUGUAACCUGCUCCUCAGCCAAUAAGGCUCCCAAAGCAGCUUACAUCAUCAUCAUCAUCAUCAUCAUUUGCAAACUUUAUAUACCGCCCUUCAUCCGAAGAUCUUGAGACUGUUCACAAGAUAAAAAUACAGGAUAGAAGCACAAAAUAAAUAGCAAAAACAAUUGCCCCGCAGACAUACAAUCUUAAAAAACAAACAAACCAGAAACCCACAGCACACAAGGAGAGAGGAUCAGGGAGGGAAGAGGAAAACAAAAACCCAGACAACAAUUUCUGAACAGUUGUUCCUAUAAUAUCCAGGUGCAGGAUGUGCCUGAUGGACCUCUUGCAGAGCAGGUGGAAGGAGCCUUGCUUCCCAGCUCUCCCACCCCCAAGUGAUGUAGCAAUAGUUUCUGCAGGUUACAGGAGGGUGGGGUGUCCUCCCAGCCCUACUGGGAGACGCUGGGAAUGGAACCUGGGACCUUUUGCAUCUGAGGUGUGUGCUCUAACAUUUUGCUGCAGCCCUUGCCCAGCCAGGUGUUGCUGGCUUGCCCAGUGAGUGUCAUUUCUCGCAGCCUCGCUCUCAGACUGCUGCAAUCCAGGGCUUUCCUGUUGACCUGGGUUGGCUGAUAUCAGGGAUGGGGAAUCCCUUUCUGCCCCAGGGCCGCAUUGCCUUCCAGACCAUGUCUGAGGGCCACAUGGCAGGGUUGAGCAGGGCUUUGGGGGGGGAAGUGGGUGGAGUAUCGAAUGCAAAUUAAAUGCUUAGUUUCUACACAUACUGGCCAAUGGGAUUUUAUUUUUUUUAAGAUUUCUGGGACCCAUCCCAGUCGCCCUCAAUGGCAGGUGUGGGGGGUGGCCUGUGGAGAGUGUCAAGGGCCGGACAGAGCAUCCUGGGGGGCCACAUUCAGCUGCAGGGUCUGAGGUUCCUCACUAGGGCUGGGCAAUAUCUGGUUUUCAACAUCGUGAUGUUACCACAAGCUAAACAUUGCAAUACAGUCAUACCUCGGGUUACAGCCGCUUCAGGUUGCGUUUUUUCGGAUUACAGACCGCCGAAACCCGGAAGUACAGGAACGGGUUACUUCCAGGUUUCGGCGGUUGCGCAUGUGCAGAAGCGCUGAAUUGCAACCCGUGCGUGCGCAGAUGCACAGACGCAGGUUGUGAACGCUGCGGGUUGUGAAUGUGCAUCCCACAUGGAUCCCGUUCACAACCCGAGCACCCGCUGUAUAGUGGUACCUCAGGUUAAAUACUUAAUUCAUUCUGGAGGUCCGUUCUUAACCUGAAACUGUUCUUAACCUGAAGCACCACUUUAGCUAAUGGGGCCUCCCGCUGCCGCCGCGCCACCGGAACACAAUUUCUGUUCUCAUCCUGAAGCAAAGUUCUUAACCUGAAGCACUAUUUCUGGGUUAGCGGAGUCUGUAACCUGAAGCACAUGUAACCCGAGGUACCACUGUAUAUCAAUAUACAGUGGUACCUCUGGUUGCGAACGGGAUCCAUUCUGGAGCCCUGUUCGCAACCUGAGCAGAACACAACUCGUGUCUGCGUGUGCGCGGGUCGCGAUUUGCCGCUUCUGCGCAUGCGCGUGACCUCAUUUUGAGCACAUGCGCAAGCGGCAAAACCCGGAAGUAACCCUUUCCAGUACUUCUGGGUCGCCGUGGGACGCAACCUGAAAACGCUCGACCUGAAGCAAACACAGCACGCGAUAUGACUGUAUCACGAUGUCUGAAAUAAGGGUGGAGCUAGGCAGAGGCACUGGCUUCACAGUUUUUCCCACGUUGUGAUUUUUGCCAGCGCCUGCUCUUUUGAUUCGUUGCCUCCUGCAGGAGAGAGGGGAGAGCUGAACUAGCACAGUUAACAGGACCUGCAGGAAUCGGAGAAGCAUUCACAGGCUUCCCCACAUUGUGAUUUUUGCAUGCACCCCCCCCCCCCCAGUGAUUCGCGAUAUAUUGCCAGGCCCAAAUUGUGAAACCGAUAUCACAAUAUGGACUUCAAACCUGUUUUGGAUUAUAUAUUUUUUUUAAAAUUAUAUUUUUAUUAGUUUUCAAAUACAAAAACAAAUUUAUACAUUCCAUACAUCUUAAUUACAUCUUACUUCUCUUUUUUGACUUCCCUCAGUUUGUCUGCCAUUCCUUCCUAUUGUUACUUUUUACACAUUUCUGCCUUUUUAACCCUUUCCCCUCACAGAGCUUCCUUAAAGCUUACAAACGUAAUUUUAUUAUCACUCAGUUUUUGCAUAUAUUGGAUAAACUUUCCCCAAUCUUCUGUAAAUAUUUGAUCUCGUCGAUUCCGGAUCCUUCCUGUCAUUCUGUCCAGUUCUGCAUAAUCCAUCAUUUUAGUUCUCCAUUCUUCUAUCGUAGGUAAUUCCUCCUGUUUCCAUUUCUGGGCCAUCAAUAUUCUUGCUGCUGUCACUGCAUAUAAAAAUAACUUCUUUUCUUGUUUUGGAUUAUAUAUUGAUCUAUCACCCAGGCCUUUCUUUCCCCCAAUUGAUAUGUUGGUUUAAUCCUUAACUAUUUUUUGCAAAAGCAGUUUUGCCACAGGUUUGCCGGGUUACCCUCCUCUUUCCCCUCUGUUCCUUAAAGUAAAGAUGCUCAAUAUUUGUGGCAUUUAUUAGACUUGCAAGCCAGAACUUAAGAGAAAAGCCACAGCAAAGGGAGCACUGGGUAGUUUAGCUGACUCUGGCUUUCCUGGUCAGCCCCUGCAGAAGUGGAUUGGUGUUCUAAAGGAUUACAGAGCUCAAAAGCCUAUCCAAAGAUAGAUGGAUAGACCCCGGAGGUGCAACUGAACUGCCCGUCCUUGUUUCUGAGCUGUGCUCCUGCUGCCUGGUGUGAGUAGAUUUUUAGCGCCAGUGCAGAAGAGAAAUCGGCCUCCAUGUUAGAACACGCUUAUCAGUCCUGAACGGGCUUUGCUGGCUGGGGUAGCCUGGAUUUCAGUUGCAAUAAGGCCAAGCUUGCUCACUUCUUUUGUCUGCACCUGCUCUGUUUAUCCAAGAUAAAGCCAAGGGCUCCUGUGCUUUAAGAACAGAGCCAAGCCCUUCCUGGCUGCUCACAUGCAUGACUGGGGUGGGGAGGGAGUUGGAGGUUGGGUUCUUUUUUUAAAAAGAACACCAAUACAAGCAGAACCACAGAAAUAAUACAUGGCCACGUGUAAUAAUAAUAAUAAUAAUAAUUUAUUAUUUAUACCCCACCCAUCUGGCUGGGUUUCUCCAGCCACUCUGGGCGGCUUCCAACAGAAUAUUAAAAUACAAAACCUAUUAAACAUUAAAAGCUUCCCUAAACAGGGCUGCCUUCAGAUGUCUUCUAAAAGUCUGGUAGUUGUUUUUCUCUUUGACAUCUGGAGUUCCACAGGGCAGGUGCCACCACCGAGAAGGCCCUCUGCCUGGUUCCCUGUAGCUUUGCUUCUCGCAAUGAAGGAACCGCCAGAAGGCCCUCGGCGCUGGACCUCAGUGUCCGGGCAGAACAAUGGAGGUGGAGACGCUCCUUCAGGUAUACUGGACCGAAGCCGUUUAGGGAUUUAAAGGUCAGCACCAACACUUUGAAUUGUAAAAGAAGAGAGAGAGAAACAGAUAUUUUCAUCACAAUUAUCUUGGGGCCCAGAGCUGGAUGUCAAAAUAAGGUAGCAACCUUUCACUACCCUGCUGUACUGUGUGACAAUCUGCGGAACUCGCCGCCACAGGACAGGAUGUGGUGGCAAGCGAUUCUAUUGGGCUGAAAGGAGCUGGGCAAACUCUCUCAAGGGUUAUGGCCAGCUGUUGCUGUUGAUUUGCUACCUGCGUCCGGCAUCAAACGCCUCUGUGUCCUUUUCCAGAGUCCUGCCCACUGCAGUGGGAAGGGGCUUCCGGCGGAAGCGGAGCCGAUCAACGGGAGGCCGAGGCACCUGUCCGAUCCCUUGGUGCCGAAGCGGCUGGAGGAUGAGGCGGCAGCACUCCGACUGCUGGAUCAGGGUCCCCUGCGUCAUUCAGCCUACAUCCCAGUGCCCAGGCAAAGGUAGGGUCGUUGGAGAAAAGUUAUUUUGGGUUUCUGGAGGGAGCAGUUCCUUUCUGAGUCUUAUUUAUUGCAAAGCUCAUUGAAUGGUGGGAAUUGGAAGGAAAAUGCACCGGUUUAGUGAAGGGCUGGUAUCUUCUCCAUCUCUCGCAGUGGAUUGCGUUGCUGCAUUUAGAAAACCUUCGGGUCGUGUCGUUGGCCUUGAGCGCUGGAGAUUUCCCUGAAAACUAGUUUGGUGGCCGUAGCAGAGGAGCGCAGCUUGUUUUUGCUGCAGGCAUUUCUUUUUCCAACUCCACUGCGAACAUAUUGACACCUGUUUUACAGGACGGCUUGCUAGGCGCUUCAUUCCUCUGGAGGGUUUUGUCACCCUUCUGUUAAACCGUGGGUAGGCAAACUAAGGCCCGGGGGCUGGAUCCGGCCCAAUCGCCUUCUAAAUCUGGCUCAUGGACGGUCCGGGAAUCAGCGUGUUUUUACAUGAGUAGAAUGUGUCCUUUAAUUUUAAAUGCAUCUCUGGGUUAUUUGUGGGGCAUAGGAAUUCAUUCAUCCCCCCCCCCAAAUAUAGUCUGGCCCCCCACAAGGUCUGAGGGACAAUGGACCGGCCCCCUGCUGAAAAAGUUUUCUGACCCCUGUGUUAAAUGUUGAUCAGGAUGGGGCCCAACUACGCGCAGCUUCCACUGCUGUUGUUCUCAACUUCUUCGUGUCUUUGGUGUGUGCCAGGGGUCAGCAAACUUUUUCAGCAGGGGGCCGGUCCAUUGUUCCUCAGACCUUGUGGGGGGCCGGACUCUACUUUGCAAAAAGAAAAAAAUGAACAAAUUCCUAUGCCCCACAAAUAACCCAGAGAUGCAUUUUAAAUAAAAGCACACAUUCUACUCAUGUAAACACACACUGAUUCCCGGACCUUCUGUGGGCCGGAUUUAGAAGGCAAUUUGGCCGGAUCCGGGCCCCAGGCCUUAGUUUAGCUACCCAUGCUCUAAUUCAACCCCUGGUUGAAGCAGGGACCUGGGAGAGCUUCUUUGCCCUCACACCUGGCAAGAAGUGUUGCGAUACCAAGUUCUCCAUUCCGGAAUCCCGGACAGCCUUUUCCAGGACGCUCCCUUACCCCCUCUGGUUUUCUAUUCCCUCUUCGCACCCCAGCUCACCAGAACCAAACACACUCAUCAGUCUGCGGCGUCUGAAAAGGAGUUUUCUCUUUGUAUUUGUGGUUAAGGUACAUAGACUGUUGCUGUGAUUUGUUGGAAGGCGGUGGUUUUUAUUCUGAUGGAGCGUAGAAGAGUUGUACUGCCUAGAGGUGGCACCUUAGAAUCCUACCUUUGUUUACCUGGAGCAGCUGAGUUUUGCAGAAUCGGGGACGGUGGGGAUGCUAUCUUCAGCCAGGGUACGAUGAAAUUGCUUUCUGGAGACCAUACACCUCUGUGUUGAAAUUUGCCCUCUUAUCAAUAUCUGCCAGUCUCGUGGCCAUGCCAAUCGGCUUCAUGCCACAGCUGAUAUUUUUUCCUCCGCUGAUGUAAUAAUAUGAAGAAACACCCUCAAUGUUCAAAGUGCACCCCACACUUUCACACCUGCGGCUUUUUAAACUUGUAAGGGUGUGUGGGGUGUGUUUGUUUAUUAUUACGUUGCGCAGUUUUGUGCUUUAUGUUGUAAACCGCUCUGUGAUCCUUUGAUUAAGGGUGGUAUAGACUUUGAAUAAAUAAAGUAAUAGUAAAUAAUUAACUUGUUGGGUUCUUAAGAAGCACCCUGGAAUGUAGAAGGAGAUAUAUAAUAUUUCUGGACGUAUGGAAAAACGCAAGGAGUGGGGUGAGUGAGUGGGUGGGUGGGUUGGAGAAUCAGAUUUUGGAAGGGAAAUUGACUUUAUGCAAAUAUAUCCUUUCUUAUCAUAUCUAAAUUUCCUCUUAACAUUUGGUGUAUAGUGAAUAACUUGAGUCAGCCUCUACGGUUGUACUGUAUGGUAUAUUUAUGGAAUUUUUAAACUUGUAAAUCUUGCAUAUUUUUAUUUAGAAAAUUUAUAUCCUGACUACUGAUGGAAUGAUCAUCGACACAGUUUGCAAUACACUUUAGUACCAUACGUAAACUCCAGAUGGAAGGAAGUUAGACUUUCUGGGCUCUGUGGGGCUUAUUUCCAGGCAGGUGUGGAAAGAGUUGCAGCCGUUGUCUUACUGAAACAAUAAUUCUAAAUUUAUCACAUGUCUGAGAUGAAACUGCAGGUUGCUGCUCUAAGUAUAUCUUAGUUCUUGCCAGUAGGAAAAACAGAAAUGAUGAACGUUUCGAUGAAAAUGGAAAAAGAAAGAAAGGGUUACCUGGGCUUAGAAACAGUAUGCAAGAAUGCAGAGAUGGAAAAUAACUAAGGAUGCAUUGACACCAUAGAUAUAUAAACAUGGCUUUCCCAAAAGAAUUCUGGGAACUGUAGUUUGUUCAGGGUUCUGUGAGUUGUUGGGAGACUCUUAUUCCUCUCCCAAAGCUACAUUUCCCAGAGUUUGUAGGGAAGAGGGAUUGACUGCUAAACCACUCUGAGAAUUGUAUAUCUGGGAGAGGAAUAACAAACUACACUUCCCAGAAUUCUUUGUGAGAGGGGAGCCAUGACUGCUUAAAGUGUAAUCACAGGGCUAUAAAUGCAUGGUCAGAUUGUGGCUUACAUUCAGAAUAGCUGGUUUUUGCCGCAGUUUCCAUGUUUACUCGGGAGCAAGUUCCACCAAGUUCAGGCAUGUCCAAAGUCCGUUUUGGGGGCCGAAUCUGGCCCUCGGCCGGUUUUAUGCAGCCCCUGUGGCAGUUUAUUUAUUGUAGUCAAAUCCUAAAAAAGAAAAUUCCCCCCAAAAUUCAACAACUUAAACCCUAAAAAAAGCUCAACAACAACUUCUACUAUUUCUUCUUUUUUAAUAUAAUUAUUUUAUUGAACAAGCAGAGUCUUAAAAUACAUGCAAUACCAGCAAACAAACAUAGAAAUUAUUGAGAGUAUACAUACAAAAGAACAAAAAUAAAGCAAAAUAGAAAGGGGGGGGGAGAAAAGAAAAAAGAAAGAGGAAUAAAAGUAUGAGUAGAGUAAAAAACAUAGUAGUAGCUCAUAUUUCAGUCAGCAAAGAAAAGAAACUUCAGACUAUAAAAAGCUCAACAACUUUGGUCGGCCCUCAUGCAUGUUCACUUCAUCAAAUCUGGCCCUCUCAAAAUUUUGGGCACCCCGACCAAGUUCAAUGUACCUCACUCACAAGUGUUGCCUGUGCGUAACGACGCCAGUGAGAUGCAAAAUGUUACUAGAAAGCUCAGCUAAAUAUUCACAGUGUAUUCCUGCUCCUUGGUUAAUUUACACAAAUGUUUUGCUUUGUUUAUGUUCUACUCCACCUCGGAAAAUAAUGCGUUGGGUCCCGGGCUUUGCGAGCGAAGUUCCCCUUGCGGAAUGGGACUUCCCCCUCCCCUUAUAGACCUCCCCCCCAAGCUUUGGGGAAGGUUUUGAGGGUGCACAGAAGGGGAAGUUCUGUUGUGCAAGCAGAAGUCCAUUGCACGAGGGGCUCUGGAAAGGCCCAGAUUUAUCCCUGGAAAAUGUGAGCGCAACUCCAUUAGUCAGCGUCCAAAGUAUUUUGAUUCUGAACUUCUAGGGGACUGGGAUGUGUUGUAAAACAAAAAUCUGACCUUUUCCCCUUAUGGGGUAUCCAAGAGCCCAUAUAGCUGGGUGUUCAUCAGUAUGCAGAUGACACCCAGCUCCACCUCUCUCUUAAGUCAGAACCAGUGAAGGCGGUGAAGGUCCUGUGUGAGUGCCUGGAGGCAAUUGGAGGAUGGAUGGCGGCUAACAGAUUGAGGUUGAAUCCUGACAAGACAGAAGUACUGUUUUUGGGGGACAGGGGACGGGCAGGUGUGGGGGAUUCCCUGGUCCUGAAUGGGGUAACUGUGCUCUUGAAGGACCAGGUGCGCAGCCUGGGAGUCAUUUUGGACUCACAGCUGUGCAUGGAGGCGCAGGUCAAUUCUGUGUCCAGGGCGGCUGUCUACCAGCUCCACCUGGUACGCAGGCUAAGACCCUACCUGCCCACGGACUGUCUCGCCAGAGUGGUGCAUGCUCUAGUUAUCUCCCGCUUGGACUACUGCAAUGUGCUCUACGUGGGGCUACCUUUGAAGGUGACCCGGAAACUGCAAUUAAUCCAGAAUGUGGCAGCUAGACUGGGGACUGGGACUGGCCGCCGGGACCACAUAACACCAGUCCUGAAAGACCUACAUUGGCUCCCAAUGUUUCCGAGCACAAUUCAAAGUGUUGGUGCUGACCUUUAAAGUCCUAAACGGCCUCGGUCCAGUAUACCUGAAGGAGCGUCUCCACCCCCAUCAUUCAGCCCGGACACUGAGGUCCAGCACUGAGGGCCUUCUGGCGGUUCCCUCAUUGCGAGAAGUGAGGUUACAGGGAACCAGACAGAGGGCCUUCUCUGUAGUGGCGCCCGCCCUGUGGAACACCCUCCCUUCAGAUGUGAAGGAAAUAAGCAGCUAUCCUAUCUUUAAAAGACAUCUGAAGGCAGCCCUGUUUAGGGAAGUUUUUAAUAUUUAAUGCUGUACUGUGUUUAACAUUUGAUUGGGAGCCGCCCAGAGUUGCUAGGGAAACUCAGUCAGAAGGGCAGGGUAUAAAUAAUAAUAAUAAUAUUAUUAUUAUUAUUAUUAUUACUUACGUAGGUUCUCUAUUGGUAGGAGAAAAUAACAGAGGCCAACCAGCAAAGCAGCUAGUAAGCCUGAUCUUUAUUGAUCUGUUGCAACAGGGUGCUCCCCUCACCACACGCAGGAGAGGAGGAAGAACCCAGAACAAUGGCGUGCAAGGCCUUAUGUAGACUUUUGAAAUUGCCACCCUGUAGAUCAAGACCACCCCCAGAAACGUCAAACGUAAAUCACAGAAGGGGUGUAGCUCAAGACCCCUCCCCCAAGAUACAUUAUACCUACAUCACAGAAAGGGCGUCUACAGCAGAAAUCUGAGUGCUUUGUUUACCUCCUGUCUGCCAGGUUACCUGUUUAAUGGUCACUUGAUUGGAUUGCCUGGGGAGCCUGGCCAGUCUUUUGUAAUGAUAAAUACUUAGUUCCUGGGCCAUGUCACAGGCUCACACCCUAUUCACAUCCCAAAUGUGUCCUUAAGACAGGAUUUGUGAGGAAAGAGACAAUGGGGAGGUUUCACACUUUUACCUUGCAGAGGAAUCAUUUGCUCAGUUUGGGAAUCAAAAUGGUUUUAGGUCGGUCUUCCUGUGCUGAUCUAUGUAUGUGCUUGAUUGGUACACUUAUGGACAUUUAACAUAUAUCUAAGACCUCAAAAUUCAUAUUACAAGCCCGCGGGUCCCUGCGGAAUAAAGGAAGGAGUCCAGCCACCAACCGGAGCAAAUAGCUGUAGACCAAAGUUUAUUGCACAACAGGUUCAAAGAGGAAUUUUGAACCCUGAGGAUGGGGUGACAAGGACUUUUAAAGGUUUCCCACCAUAUCCCAGAAUACAGUUCGUACAGCAUCUGUUAUGUACUGAGUUGAAUAGGAUCCAAAAGGCAGCAGUCUGAUUGGUCAUAGAACAAUAGGAUUCAGAAUGCAGCAGUCUGAUUGGUCCACAGGAGCCACCCAAUCCAGCUCCAGGUGGAAGUGAAUCCGCAACCUGAUUGGCCUACAGGUGAACCCCAGAAUUAACCAAUCACGUGGUGCCUAUUGUGUAAAUAAUGUAUAUAAAGCAGACAUUCUGGGGGAACUUCCAUUCCUCACUACUAUGAACUGAAUAAAGAGCAUGAAAUCCACUCUCAACUCCGAGUAUAUUUCAGCAUCAUUGAUACAUCAUUGCUACAUCACUGACAUGUCACAAAAGGGGAGGGGUAAACAGGGAUUACACUAGUUUAACCUGGGCAAACAUGUCCAGACAAGUCCUUGGUACAAGAUUAGCAUAAACAGACAUGUCAGAGCAAGACCCAGGGUAUAAGAUUAGCAUAGGCAAACACCUUCUGAAAUCCCACCACCCAAAGUACAAUAGAACUUCCUUUGCUGUCUGGACCCCUUGGCAAGUCCGAUGAUAGGAUUAGGCUUUCCUUGGCCAACUAUCAGCUCAGCAAUUGUCACCUCUGGGCACUUCCUGGGGUUGGAGGUGUGUAUACAUGGAGGAAAAGGGGACCCGGGUGGCGCUGUGGGUUAAACCACAAAGCCUAGGGCUUGCCGGUCAGAUCCCCGCAACGGGGUGAGCUCCUGUUGCUCCUGCUCCCUGCUCCUGCCAACCUAGCAGUUUGAAAGCACGUCAAAGUGCAAGCAGAUAAAUAGGUACCGCUCCGGCGGGAAGGUAAACGGCGUUUCUGUGUGCUGCUCUGGUUCGCCAGAAGCGGCUUAGUCAUGCUGGCCACAUGACCCGGAAGCUGUACGCUGGCUCCCUUGGCCAAUAAAGCGAGAUGAGCGCCACAACCCCAGAGUCAGACACGACUGGACCUAAUGCUCAGGGGUCCCUUUACAUAGAGGAAACUGGCAAUAAAAUAUCCAAUUUUAUUUAUUUUUAAAAAAUCAUUGAUUUUUGUCCACCCUGAUCUCCACGUUCAGGUUCCCAAGGCCUCCAGGUCUCUGAACUCCCCCUUCCUCUGCCCCUCCUGCACAAGCUGUCAGCCCCACGCUUGUGGCAGGCACUCUUGGCUGCAGCAGGCUUGUGCAAGCCAUGCCCAGCGGUGCCGCUUGUGAGCUCCCCGAGCUGGCAGUGCGGUGCACGCUGGCAGGCUGCGUCACUUUCCGUGCCGGGGGAAGCACCUGGGCUAAAAAUAGGCCUUAAAGCAGGCAGCAAAUUAUGCGUGUGUUUAAUCUUCUUGGAUUACAGGCAGAGGAGGCGCUGCUUCGCUUUGCUGUCUGCCGGAGCCGAGAGCGGCAGGACGCCACUUCCUCUGCCCGCGGGGUGUGUGUGUGUGUGUGUGUGUGUGUGUGGACUGCUGUUAAGCAAGGUGGCCAUGGCUGGAGUGCCACCUGGUGGUAUGGCGAUGCCCUGCCUCCGCAGCUGGCGAUAGGAGAGUUUCAUUGAUGGGAGAAUUUUGAUAGGAGAAUUUUGGAACGGCCAACGGCAGGAAUGCACAAACUCCCAUUAUUUCCAAAAAAACAGAAGGGGGGGAGGGACAGAUUGUGUAGAUGCUGGAGCAUAUCAAUCUGCAAUUGGUAGUUUGCUGCGUUCGAAAAGCCAACUUGGCAAGUUGGGAAGUGAGUUUUCAGGCACCUAAGAUUACUAUUAUUGCCAGCAGCAGGUACCAAUGCCUUAGGUUUAUGCUGUUGUGUUUAUGGUUUGCUCUUAGUCUGUAUGCUGAAAGGAGACUGUAACUGAAACUGCAUUAAGUAAAGGUAAAGGGACCCCUGACCAUUAGGUCCAGUCGUGUCUGACUCUGGGGUUGUGGCGCUCAUCUCGCUUUAUUGGCCGAGGGAGCUGGCGUACAUGCAUGUGGCCAGCAUGACUAAGCCGCUUCUGGCGAACCAGAGCAGCGCACGAAAACGCCGUUUAUCUUCCCGCCAGAGCGGUACCUAUUUAUCUACUUGCACUUUGAUGUGCUUUCGAACUGCUAGGUUGGCAGGAUCAGGGACCGAGCAACGGGAGCUCACCCCAUUGCGGGGAUUUGAACUGCCGACCUUCUGAUCGGCAAGUCCUAGGCUCUGUGGUUUAACCCACAGCGCCACCCGCGUCCCUUGAAACUGCAUUACACUGUCGCUAAAGCAGCUGUCUCUUCCUAGUACAACUGUUUGGCGUUUCUCUGUUCUUUUGGCACACUCUGCUGGCAUCAGCAAUGCUUCCGAAUCCUGGUUUGCUGGAAAACACAGGAGUGGAGGAAGGGCGAUUGUGACUCGGGUCCUCCUUGCUGGUUCCUGCAGUGUGGGUCCGUUGCGAGAGCACUUCAGCUUUCAAGUCUAUAAGGAGAUGUUUUUAUUUUGCAUUACAAGUCAGCUUUAUAAAGAAUAGUACAGUGGACGCUCGAGUUGCGAAUGUGAUCCGUGUGGAAGGCACGUUCGCAACCCGCAGCAGCGCGUCUGUGCACGCGUGGGUUGCAAUUUGCUGUUUCUGCGCAUGCGCAAAGUGCAAUUUAGCGCUUUUGUGCAUGCGAGACUGCCGAAACCCGGAAGUAACCUGUUCCGGUACUUCCGGGUUUUGGCGGGUCCGUAACCCGAAAACACGCGACCUGAAGCAUCUGUAACCCGAGGUAUGACUGUACAUGGCAAACCAGACCUAAAGCAAGCUUGUUUCCUCCUGCUCCCGAGGGUAGGACUCGAACCCGUGGCUUCCAGUUCCGAGAAAGGAGAUUCCGACUAAACAUCGGGAAGUAGUUUCUGAUGGCAAGAGCUGUUCAGCAGUGGAACGGUCUCCCUUGCAAGGUGGUGGAGCUUUUAAGCAGAGGUUGUGUUUGUGUGUUUGUGCAUUUCUCAGCGAUGCUUUAGUUGAGAAAUUCCUGCACUGCGAGCAGGUUGGACUAGAUGGCCAUUGGGACCCACUCUACAGAUUCCAUGAAAGUGAUGCCGUUCUUACGUUUACGUGGAGGGCUUGUUGAACGGUGGAGGCGGUUGAGCUGCGCACCAUACAAGCUUUUGCAGGAAGGAAGCAGUGUCUGGGCCAAAACUACCCGGUUGCAAAACGUCCUCUGUUCCCUUCCUCCCUCUCCUCUCCAUUGCCAUCCCGGACUUUGGCUGAGGAGCACAUUUCUGUAGCUGCUAAGAGAGGGGUGUGUGUGUGUGUGCGCGCGCGCACACACAUGUGCCCACCAGUGCAGGGCGGAAGGACUGAACCCUCCCUUCCAAGGACUGGGUAACUUGAUUCUUGGCCGUCCCGGAGUGCUGUUCAUCCCAGAGGGUUGCCUCUGGGCGCCUGCAAUGCAGAGCAGUCUAGAGAGACCUGUUAAGGCAUUGCUGUGUGGUAGUAAACAGCUCACCUUGGCCCCUGGCCCACUUGGCUCCCUCUGUCUCCCUGCUCCCGCCUGGUGCGCUGGGUGUGUUUGCGCGCUGGGUGUGCAGGCUCAUUUUCCUUUUGUGUGCCUGGAGGGUUUGGGGUGGGGAAGGAAGCAAUUUAUUCUCUCUCUCUUUCCCUCCACUGCAAAUCCCCCCAAAUCCACCUUUUCUUUAAACCCUUAACUCCAAAGUUCCUAAACAUAUGUGGAACUGCAAUGCCACGUGAGCAAGAUGAAUAAACACCCAGCAAUACAAGAUAAUGGGAAAGGAUUUACCCUGGCAAAUUAUUGGUCAAAAUUGGAAAUACCCAAAUACAGACGGUCAUUUACCCUCGCUAGAUUCACCGUGCUGCCAUCUGUCUUAUUGCAGGGCAGAUUUGAGGGUAAACCGUAUGUGGAACGAGUCUGCCCCUGCAGCGUGAUGGAGGUAGAAACUGUCUCUCAUGUCUUGUUACGCUGCUGUUUCUACGGGGAUAUACGCUCGGCAUUUAUCACUCCUGUUAUACAAAAAUCUCCAAAUGGGUCCGAACUUCAAUGUCUAAAACUCCUGGUAGAGGACAAGGAUCUAGAGAUCACCAAAUUCUGUGUGACUGCCAUAGAACUUAGGGAACAAGCUGUACUACAAAAAUGAUUAAGGUUUUUCAGUGACCAUUUUAGGUUAUAUUUUAGUGAUCAAGAUUUAAUACAUAUUUUUAACUGCCGCUAUAUCUGUAUUGUUUCUGUUGUACCCAAUUGCAAUUCAAUGUAUUCCUGUGGUGUUUUUUAUGAUUUUCCUGAUAUUGUAAGUGAGUUGGAACUGGUCAGUGACCGUAAUAAUAAAAUCAUUCAUUCAGUUCCUAAACAUUCGACAGCUAAGCCUAAGUGUGCAUAACUUGGAAGAACGAGGGUGUUACGGGUCUGUUUUGUUCUUGUUUUUAUUACGUAUUUUGUGUUCUUGUUUUGUGUUUUCAUUCUGCGAACUGCCCUGAGUUCCAUGCAUGAAGGGCGGUAUGCCAGUUUAUGGUAAUAAACAAACAAAUAACUGCCCUGAACUGUGUCUUCCCCUGUGUUGAAUGGAAGACUUGUAAGUUCCUUGGGGAAGAGACCUGUGUGUGCCUUCCAGAAAGUGGCGUGUAGUUGGAUGGUGCCCUCUCUCUCUCUCUCUCUCUCUCUCUCUCUCUCUCUCUCUCUCUCACACACACACACACACACACACAUUCCUUUCAGGUCAAAUAAGGGGUUGGCAUUAAUCCCAUGGAUACAUACCCUGAGCUUAUUAAAGGAAAGUAGAUGUGUGUUAUAAUCCUGGGAGUUAUAGUUUUAAGGACACUGAAAGUUGUUGGGACACCCUGCUCCCGGAGCUACAAUGUAAUAAUAAUAAUUUAUAAUUAUGGUCAAAGAGCAGUUCAGGAGCUCCAAUUCUCAGAGUGGCUUAACUGUUCAUCCCUCUUACCUGGAAGUAAGCUCUGUUGAACUUUGCCAUAGGAUUGGUCUUCGUGUCCUGAAUCAUUUUUGGACAGCUCUUUACCGAUGAGAGCACUUGUUGUGGAGUUGCAAAGCAGUAGAAAUCGCCCCUAUGUCACAGCAGGUGAUCAGGCUUCUAGCUUUCGGCCAUUUUCAGUUUAAGCUGUAGGCUUUUUUCUCUCCUUCUCUCAUAACACUAGAAUUUGCGGACGGCCAGGAAAGCUGAAAGUUGGAACGUUCAGGGCAGAUAAAAGAAUUUCUUCAUGGAGCAUGUUGUGGAACUGCGGAACUCUCUGCCACAGGAGGGCAGUGGUGGCUGCCAACUUGAGAUUGCCGUAAAAGAUGAUAGGGCAAAUUCCUGGAGGAGGGGGCUAGCAAUGGCUUCAUGCCACAGUUGGAGGCAGCAACGCUUGGACUACUGCAAUGCGCUCUACGUGGGGCUACCUUUGAAGGUGACCCGGAAACUGCAAUUAAUCCAGAAUGCGGCAGCCAGACUGGCGACUGGGAGUGGCCGCCGGGACCACCUAACACCGGUCCUGAGAGAUCUGCAUUGGCUCCCAGUACGUUUCCGAGCACAAUUCAAAGCGUUGGUGCUGACCUUUAAAGCCCUAAAUGGUCUCGGUCCAGUAUACCUGAAGGAGUGUCUCCACCCCCAUUGUUCUGCCUGGACACUGAGGUCCAGCGCUGAGGGUCUUCUGGCGGUUCCCUCGCUGUGAGAAGUGAGGUUACAGGGAACCAGGUAGAGGGCCUUCUCGGUAGUGGCGCCCGCGCUGUGGAACGCCCUCCCUUCAGAUGUCAAAGAGAUAAACAGCUAUCUGACUUUUAGAAGACAUUUGAAGGCAGCCCUGUUUAGGGAAGCUUUUAAUAUUUAAUGCUUUAUUGUUUUUAACACUCGAUUGGGAGCCUUUCAGAGUGGCUGGGGAGACUCAGCCAGAUGGGCGGGGUAUAAAUAAUAAAUUAUUAUUAUUAUUAUUAUUAUUAUUAUUAUUAUUGACUCUUCUGAAUGCCAGUUUCUGGAAACCACAAGAGGAGAGGGCUCUUACGCACGGAUCCUGCUUCUGGCUUCCCAUAGAGCAGGGAUGUCUGAACUUUUUUCAAAGAGGGCCAGAUUUGAUGAAGUGAACAUGCCUGAGGGCCGACCAAAGUUGACCUUUUUUGGGACUGAAGUUGUUGAGCAUCUUUUUGGAUUUCCCCCCAAAGUUGUUGAGCUCUUUUUUUAGGGUUAAAAUGGUUGACCUCCUUUUAGAAUUUCACCCCAGGAAAUUAACUGUCAUAGGGGCAGUAUUAAAACAACCGGCAGGCCGGAUUAGGGACUUUGGACGUACCUGACCACAGGAUGCCAGACCACAUGGGCCCUUGGCCUCAUCCGGCAGAGCUGCAUAGAAUCCCAGGAUUGCAAGGGACCCUGAGGGAUCCUCUAGUCCACCCCCCGGCAAUACAGGAAUAUGCAGCCGCCCUGUAGGGGCCAAAUCCUGUGAUCUUGGCAUUAUCUAACCAGCUGGGGUCUUCCAGGGUGCUUGGCUAGCAGGGCCAUAACGAUUCUGCAGCCUCCAGUCCUAAAUACAGUGGUACCUCGGGUUACAUACGCUUCAGGUUACAGACUCCACUAACCCAGAAAUAGUGCUUCAGGUUAAGAACUUUGCUUCAGGAUGAGAACAGAAAUCGUGCUUCGGCGGCAUGGCAGAAGCAGGAGGCCCCAUUAGCUAAAGUGGUGCUUCAGGUUAAGAACAGUUUCAGGUUAAGUACAGACCUCUGGAACGAAUUAAGUACUUAACCUGAGGUACCACUGUAUGGUCUUAAGAGCGGUGGCAGAUGAUGCAGGACCCAAAACGAAACCGUUGCAGACGGGCCUCUCUUUUAAAGUGAAAAGCCUGCAUGGUUUUCUUUGCAACUUGGUUGCUAAAGGCCUGGAAACAGGACGUUCCAUUUCUGGCCUUUGCUUUCUCCAGCUUGGAUGUUUGGCAGCCGCUUCCCGCAGCUUGGACGGAAGAGAAAUGCAUUAUUUGUUUGUCCUUUCUGGGAUCAUGAGCUGCUGCUACAGGAAGUCAUGUGGGAGUUGAGAGCCGAGGUUCUCCAUCGCUGGGAUGGAGGGGAGCCCAGAUUUCGCCCUAGGCUGUCAAAUCGCUCAAGCACCGCGUUCCCAUUGGCUGGUGCGGCUAAGCAGGAGGAGGCGAUAGGCUGUGAGUUUGGGAGGGAGGAGCCUUCGUGCCGUUGUUUACACUUCUGUACCGACCGGGGAGUCCUUUGACCCCUUAUCUGAGCAAAGCUUCCUGAAGCAGGCCUUUUCGCAAGCCCAAGACGGCUUUGACAGCCUCUGCAGCGUGGAAUGUGUGAGCAGGGUGUUGCCUGCUUUUUUAAAAAAUUAAAUUAAAAUAAAAUUUGCACCCAGGCAAUCCAGACUUUGUGCUGAGCACAGCCAAAUUCUGCAAGUGGCAGAAAUUAGUUUAGCAUAGCGUCUCCCACUUUGCAUAAUAGGACCAAUUCAGCCAGCUAGCCCUGGGGAUUAUCUAAUGCUUAUUUCCCCUAAAUUGAUUUUUGAAUUUUAUUGUUAUUCAUGUUUUUAUACUGUAUUUUAUGCUGCUUUUAUAGUUAAGUGUUUUAAAUUUGUUGUUAGCCGCCCUGAGCCCAGUUUUUGAACCGGGAAGGGUGAGGUAUAAAUAAAAUUAUUUAUUAUUAUUAUUAUUAUUAAUUAUUAUUAUUAUAUAUUUUGACGGCUUCUAGAUUCUCUCUCUCCAGAGCAAGUGUGCUGGGGAGUGUGGCAAUGGACUAGGCUUCCUUCCCCGCCUCCCCACCCCCACCAAAAUUGCACAGGGACACUCCCACCCCUCCACAUUUCCUCCUAGCUUUGUGGUUUGGUGGAAGGUCUGGCUGUGUUGUUGCAGAAGCACCUGGAGUGACUUGGCUGCUCUGCAGCCCAACAAGCAAGCUCUCCCCACACUGAUUUUUCUGCAGGCAAGGUAUCCUCCUUGGUUAUUCAGCAGCCAAACCAGCAAAGGCAGAAGCCUGGCAACCAUGAUGUGGUGUCCCCCAUUUCCAACAUUCAAGCAUAAAAAACACCCCAUAUAAUGUGAGAUGCGCAUUCUAAGCUGGUGGGAGGUAGAGAGAGGGGGGAGAGAAGCAAAAGGAGCGCUAUAAUUCCAGUUCUGCUGCUUGUAUGACCUGCCAAGCCAGCCGUAAAGUCAAACCGGUGAGAGAGAGAAAAGCUUCUGUUUCUCCGGCAAAUGUCACAAGACAGGAAACGCUGCAGUUGGCUUUGUAACUUCAGCAUCUGUCGCUGUACUUUCUGGCCGCAGCGGGGACACACGCUCGAGAGCCGGCCGUGCCAUUUGGCAAACCGCUUACCUUGUAGUUCAACUUUAUUGGAUUCUCUCAUUAUGAGAGGGGCAAAACCCUCAAUCUACUUUCCCCAGAUUUCAGGUUAAGAACGGACCUCCAGAACGAAUUAAGUUCUUAACCCGAGGUAAAGGUAAAGGGGACCCCUGACCAUUAGGUCCAGUCGUGGCCGACUCUAGGGUUGCGGAGCUCAUCUCGCUUUAUUGGCCGAAGGAGCCGGUGUACAGCUUCCGGGUCAUGUGGCCAGCAUGACUAAGCCGCUUCUGGAGAACCAGAGCAGCGCACGGAAACACCGUUUACCUUCCCGCUGGAGCGGUACCUAUUUAUCUACUUGCACUUUGACGUGCUUUUGAACUGCUAGGUUGGCAGGAGCAGGGACCGAGCAACGGGAACUCAACCCGUCACAGGGAUUCGAACUGCCGACCUUCUGAUCAGCAAGUCCUAGGCUCUGUGGUUUAACCCACAGCGCCACCUGCGUCCCUAACCUGAGGUACCACUGUACAAUGGCCAAACUUAAGACUCUAGUACUGACCAACAAAAUGCCUCUCAUGUUCGCAAUGCACAAUGUGCUCAUUGCUUUCUGCACUUGUUUGUCUUGGAGGAGGUACUGGCAGCAGCGCUAGAAAUUCACCAGGCACAUUUUGCACCUGGCUAUCGGCCGCUUCCAACCGAGUGAAGAUGCCCGGGCGGCAGGAUGGCAUUUGACACCUCCACCCUCUGGAGGUGCAUGUCUGGAGAUCCUGGAUCUUGCCCUUUUUUUUGUACUUGCGAUACAAGUUUCUUACCGCCUGGCCCCCAGAUGGCAACUAGACAUUCCGUUUUAGCGGCUGUAACCCUGGUUUCAGGAGCCAUUUAGUGCCUCUCUGAGUUUCCAACACUGAAUUGCUGGCGGUUGUGUUUUUGAUGUGAACUUUCUUGUUCGCGACAUGUGUUACAGAAACGAUCUUAAAAAGCAGGCCAGCCCUGUGCGCAGGUGCACCUUCUUGCCCAGGGAUCAGCAAACUUUUUCCAGUCUCCCUCAGACCUUGUGGGGGGCCGGACUAUAUUUUGAAGAAAAAAUGCACUAAUUCCUAUACCCCACAAAUAACCCAGAGAUGCAUUUUAAAUAAAAGGACACCUUCUACUCAUGUAAAAACACGCUGAUUCCUGGACCGUUUGCGGGUCAGAUUUAGAAGGCAAUUGGGCCGGAUCCGGGCCCCGGGCCUUACUUUGCCUACCCAUGUCCUUGCCUGGCUAGUGAUGGGUUCCGCUUCAUUUUUUUAAAAAAUUCUUUAUUGCAAACACAUAGAUACAUCCAUUAUACAUAAAUAAAAUGAAAAGAAAAAGAAAAGAGACAGAAAAAGCGGGGGCGGGGGGGACAGAAAAAGAAUAAAAACAAAAAAAUAGAGCGAACUUCAAAAAACAAAUAUUUUCAAAUUAAUUUCAACACAGGGAGUACAAGCCUUCUUUACACAGCUUUGGCUUGACUCCUUAAUUCGAAUCGUGAUGUCCCGCUAUCCGUACUUAGUAAAUCAUUUUUUCUCCAUAUAACUGUACAGUGGUACCUCGGGUUAAGUACUUAAUUCGUUCCAGAGGUCUGUACUUAACCUGAAACUGUUCUUAACCUGAAGCACCACUUUAGCUAAUGGGGCCUCCUGCUGCUGCCGCGCCGCCGGAACACGAUUUCUGUUCUCAUCCUGAAGCAAAGUUCUUAUCCUGAAGCACUAUUUCUGGCUUAGUGGGGUGUGUAACCUGAAGCGUAUGUAACCUGAAGCGUAUGUAACCCGAGGUACCACUGUAUUUAGAUGGUAAGUCUUGGAGAAGCACUCUGAUUGCUGGUGGGAUUUAGUCUACGCUAAGCCAAGCGAUGCCCGUAAGCUUUCUUUUUCCAUGUAAUUUAUAAAGACAUCCCGGGUGCAGCUUCGUUUUGUUCUUCAGCCGGGGCUUGUGCCGAACCUUGCCCCCCCCAAAAAACACAAACCCCUCCUGUUGCAGGAGGCAUCCUCUCCUUCCGCUUCUCCUCCCUGCCCUGGGGCUGUGUUUAUGUUGCUUCCAGCCUGCCGAUUCCUCCCGGUCUCUGCAAAAGUUAUUUUGGAGUUGCUUUAGGAAGAGCUGCUUGGCUCUGUUGCUGUUUUUGUGGUCAUGGUUGGCGGAGUGGGCGUCUCGCCAGCCAAUUGGCGUGACCUUCAGUUAAGCGAGAACGCGGGAGGGUGGAAGGGGGGCUGUGGGCAAAUUUGGCUGCGGCACCUGUUUAUGUUAUGCUCGGAGCUCCCUGUACUGUUCGCGGAGGAAGUCCAGCUUCUCCCAGGGAACGCACACGCCCCGCUCUCGGAAAUUUGGUGACAUCACUUUAGGGGGUGGGUGCUAACAUGCGCAAAUGUGGGUGUUCCAUUUUAAGCCUCAUGUGCGCCUCUCCUUCUCUGGAGAUGAGAUAAAUAAAACUUUACUCGCAUUAGCCAAUGGCCAUAGCAACAGUAAAACAUUACAGUAUACGCAGAAAAGGAAAUUUGAUAUAAGAGCACAAUUUAAAGUCCUGAAUCAGCAGUCAGUUAGUGGCCCUUAUUCUGAUUACCCCUGCUAUGAACCUAGCAACUUUUGCUGUUAUCUGCUCAUUUUGAUCUGAUAGAAGGAAGCACAUUAUGGCAGUGGUUGAGUGCCCUGAGAUGGUUAGUACGAGUGGGCUGAUUAUCUUGUUCCUCAGGUCUUUGUAGAGAGUACAAGACAGGAGGGACAUGUGCCGCUGUUUCGGUGCUGCCAUCUCCACAGGGGCAAAGACGUUUCUCAGGCGGGAUCUUUUGGAAUCGACCCGCAAGUACCGCAGAUGGCAAAAACAUCCAGUCUUGCAAGUGUAAAAGCACGUCUGUAUUUUGGGAUGGGACGCAGGUGGCACUGUGGGUUAAACCACAGAGCCUAGGGCUUGCCGAUCAGAAGGUCAGCGGUUCGAAUCCCCGCGACAGGAUGAGCUCGCGUUGCCCGGUCCCUGCUCCUGCCAACCUAGCAGUUUGAAAGCACGUCAACGUGCAAGUAGAUAAAUAGGUACCGCUCUGGCGGGAAGGUAAACGGCGUUUCUGUGCGCUGCUCUGGUUCGCCAGAAGCGGCUUAGAAUCAUAGAAUCGUAGAAUCAUAGAGUUGGAAGAGACCACAAGGGCCAUCGAGUCCAACCCCCUGCCAAGCAGGAAACACCAUCAGAGCACUCCUGACAUAUGGUUGUCAAGCCUCUGCUUAAAGACCUCCAAAGAAGGAGACUCCACCACACUCCUUGGCAGCAAAUUCCACUGUCAAACAGCUCUUACUGUCAGGAAGUUCUUCCUAAUGUUUAGGUGGAAUCUUCUUUCUUAGUCAUGCUGGCCACAUGACCCGGAAGCUGUACGCCGGCUCCCUUGGCCAGUAAAGCGAGAUGAGCACCGCAGCCCCAGAGUCGUCCGCGACUGGACCUAAUGGUCAGGGGUCCCUUUACCUAUUUUGGGAUAAUAAGUUUGUGCAGAUAUGGGGCCAGAGAAUCAAAAUGGAGAGGUGGAAAAUGAACAUACCAAGGGCAGAAUUUCCUUAUAGUGGCCAGGUUGUUCUGGUGCUCGAUAUCUUUUAGAAGUUGACCAGUUAGUCUGUUUGCUUUAGUGGGGCCCAUAAUGAGUAGGUGUUCUGGGGAUAGGCCACAAGAGGGAAGUUUUGGAUAGACAGUUUUAAGCCAGGCACUUUUAUGGGAGUCUUGAAGUACUAGGGAUAGUAAACCAGGGUGAUUUGAGUUUAGGCGAAACCAGAAGUUAAAAGUUCUUUGCCAAGUCAGUACUGAAGGGAGACUUGCCUCCAGUCUCAAUGAUGCGUUUGGGAUGAAUGGUGGUACAGAAAAAACCUGCCUUAGAAACUUUGAUUGAACAGCUUCCAAAGUGCUAAGGUGUCUUCUCUGGAGGUGGUGCUUGUUUCUAAAGGCAAAUGUGGAAUCAGAUUGUUGGGUUGCGUGUUGUGGCAGAGACCUGUUCAGAGGAGGCUGUCAAAGCUGGAAGGUCAAGGUUGUGGUGGGGACGGGACAUAAAAAUAAGGGGAUUUUUUUGUGGGUGGGGGAAAAUCUGCAGAGUGCAAAAUCUCCUGAGAACGUAAUCCACAGGUAGGCAAACUAAGGCCCAGGGGCCGGAUCCGGCCCAAUCGCCUUCUCAAUCCUGCCCAUGGACGGUCCGGGAAUCAGCGUGUUUUUACAUGAGUAGAAUGUGUCCUUUUAUUUAAAAUGCAUCUCUGGGUUGUUUGUGGGGCAUAGGAAUUCGUUCAUUCUCCCCCUCCCCAACUAUAGUCCGGCCCCCCAAAAGGUCUGAGGGACAGUGGGCCGGCCCCCUGCUGAAAAAGUUUGCUGACCCCUGGGCCUCAAUCCCUUUGCCUGUGCUGUUCGCACAUCUCAACAUAUCAAUGUUUUGUUGAAUUUCUGUUUUGAAGCAAUUGAUCUGUAAGCUGAAAGGGGGGAACUGGUUGGUUGAUAAACCGGACGAUAAAUAUGUGUUGUGUUAUAAACAUCGUUUUAUUUAUUUAUUUAUUUAUUUAUAAACCCAUAAUAUAGAAAACAUCAUCCUUGAGGGCUAGAAAAGUCUUAAUUCCAGGAACAGCAGUUUUUCACUUGCAUGAAGGCUACUCCUAGGAGCAUUCAUAGAUGACUCCAAGGCAGCCUUUGCCCAGCAGUGAGCAGCUGUUGCAAGUUCUGUGCAGGGAUUUAUGCUGGAAGUUGCUCUUCUUGACAGUGUGUUGUUGUUGUUGUGUUUCCUCCCCUCUGUCCUGCAGAAAGUUGUCUGAAAAGGCGGGGAUUGACGAGGUCAUAGCGGCUGCAGUCCUCACGAGCCUCUCCACCAGCCCGGUUGUGCUUAACAACCCACCCAACGGUUUCAGCGCAGGUAUUGCAAAGACGCUGGGAGGAGAGGGGAGGUUGGGCUUUGAGAAUGGCAAUGCCUGCUUCCUAAUAUUGUCCUGGAUAAUUUUACAAGGUGUUUCUCCCCCCUUUGGGUUUCUGCAACAUGUCAAGUUUACGGUUUACAGCACAUGUAUGGCCGACUUUCUCUUGAUCUACUGUGCCGUGUCUGCCAAAUGAUUUAUAUUUAAAAUACUAUAGAUAUAGAUACAUUCACUGCUUGAUUGUAAAACAAACAAACCUUCAAAUCAGUUUGCGAAAAAGAUAAAACAAUAAAAUGAUAACUAAGAAAAAGUAACAACAGAAGAAAGCUUAAAUAGACUAAAAACACAUGAAAAUUCGUACCAACUUUCUGAACAUCAAGAUAAGUAAAGGGACCCCUGACCAUUAGGUCCAGUCGUGGCCGACUCUGGGGUUGCACGCUCAUCUCUUUCUAUAGGCCGAGGGAGCCAGUGUACAGCUUCUGGGUCAUGUGGCCAGCAUGACUAAGCCACUUCUGGCGAACCAGAGCAGCGCACAGAAACGCCGUUUACCUUCCCGCCAGAGCGGUACCUAUUUAUCUACUUGCACUUUGACGUGCUUUCGAAUUGCUAGGUUGGCAGCAGGGACCGAACGAUGGGAGCUCACCCCAUUGCGGGGAUUUGAACCGCCGACCUUCUGAUCAUCAAGUCCUAGGCUCUGUGGUUUAACCCACCGCGCUACCCGCAUCCCUCUGAACAUCUAGAUAGCAGGUGCCAAAAAGAGUAGUUAGGGAAUCCUAAAGUUUAGGUGCUGCCACACCAAAAGACUGAGUUGUUAUAAAUGCACCUGUAACAGUGCCAACUUCGAUUGAAGUGGUCAAGUGGGCGCAUAUGGGCAAGGCGAUCUAGUAGGCAAACAAGUUGUCACUUGUUGACACCCAUCUGUCUUAAGAGACAAUGGAGUUCACCUCUGGGGGUGAAGUCAGAUUGCUGCUUUAGCAGCAGCAAAACGACCUCCCUGGAGCGCAAAGCCUGAGCAGUUGCCCUCUUGGCCUUGCUGAUGGGGUCCAAAGGAAUCGCAACAAUACACGAAUAUGCAAGUUGUUAAACAAGGCUUUGUAUACCUUGAACCUAGCCUGGUAGCAAAUCGGCUAGCAGGACAGAUCUCUGAGUCCAAGUGUUAUAUGCUGAAAAGGCCUCACUUCUGUCAGCAGUUGGGCAGCUUCCGUAGCAAUUUUUAUUUUUUACUCUUUAAGCCACCACAGGAACAUUUGGGGUGCCUGGCAGGAAGCCCUGUUCCAUGCCAAGCUCUUUUCACCCUUAGCUUAGCCUUGUUCACCAGGGUCUCUGCUUGCAUAAUAACAAUAACAAUAAUAAAUUAUUAUGUAUACCCCACCCAUCUGGCUGGGUUUCCCCAGCCACUCUGGGCAGCUCCCAACAGAAUAUUAAAAACACGAUAAAACAUCAAACAUUAAAAGAUUCCCUAAGCAGGGCUGCCUUCAGAUGUCUUCUAAAAGUCUGGUAGUUGUUUUUCUCUUUGACAUCUGGUGGGAGGGCGUUCCACAGGGCAGGUGCCACUACCGAGAAGGCCCUCUGCCUGGUUCCCUGUAACUUGGCUUCUCGCAGUGAGGGAACUGCCAGAAGGCCCUCAGCGCUGGACCUCAGCGUCUGGGCAGAACGAUGGGGGUGGAGACACUCCUUCAGGUAUACUGAACCGACGCCAUUUAGGGCUUUAAAGGUCAGCACCAACACUUUGAAUGGUGCUCAGAAACAUACUGGAAUGGAGCAUGGAAAGAGGUGUGCGUAGCUCUGACUUUUGCAUGGUUGGAACGAAACCUGCUUCAUCGACUGCCCUGCUGGCUCUUCACUCUGGCCCUGCUGGCAUCUGGCCCUUGGAAGAUCCUGCACAAGGGGCUGUGGCCCUCGGAAUGAAAAUCGUUCUGACACCUGGUUUGGUUUUGGUGCUCCAAGGUGUUUAGGCAUGCUUGGGGUGGUGUGCAGUUCUGACGUCUUUUUUUUCUACCCCGCGGCAGAAACCAAUGGUGAUGUUUGGAAGGAAGUACCGGCCAUGUCCUCCAGCUGCAGCAGCAGCAGUAACAACAGCGGCGACUGGAGCUGGGACCCUCCCAGUGACCUCUCCACCCCCUCGACGCCGUCUCCACCGCUGUCCACGGAGGCUCCCGCCAGCUUCCUUCCCUCGCUGCAGUCGGAGCUGGAGGAGACCGAGACGACUCACUUUCUGUUUGGUGACCCCAUCCCCAGGAAGAGGAAGGUGAGAGAGUGGGGCAAGGGGGGCAUCUUGGGAAAGAAUUGUAGAAUUGGAAGGGACCCCAAGGGACUACUGUAUUUUUUGCUCUAUAUGUUGCACCCGACCAUAAGACGCACCUAGUUUUUAGAGGAGGAAAACGGGGGGGGGGGGGAUUUCUGAAUCUCAGAAGCCAGAACAACAAAAUGGAUCACUGCGCAGCGAAAGCAGUGAUCCCUCUUGCUGUUCUGGCUUCUGGGAUAGCUGCGCAGCCUGCAUUCGCUCCAUAAGACGCACAUACAUUUCCCCUUACUUUUUAGGAGGGAAAAAGUGAGUCUUAUAGAGCAAAAAAUACGGGGGGAAGGAAGGGACCCCAAAGGUCAUCCAGUCCAGCCCCCUGCAAUGCAGGAAUCUCAGCUAAAGAGUUCCUGACGGGUGGUCACCCAACGUCCGCUGAAAGAACUUCAAGGAAGGAGAGUCCACAACCUCCAGAGGGUGACCGUUCCACUGCUGAACAUCUCUUACUGUCAGGCUUGUUGAGUUCAACCCCCAAUGGAAAACAAUAAACCUUUGAAUCUGUGAUUCUACAAGUCACUGAUUGCGGCUGCUUGGUAGCCUUUUUGCCCAAAUCUUCCAGGGCUGAACAGGUUUCUAGUCCCCAGGAUAAGCCUUGAGACUCCGAGGUAGCCCUCAAAAUGGUCCUUUCUCCCGUUUCUUACAGAACUCCACCAAGGUGAUGUUCAAGUGCUUGUGGAAGAACUGUGGGAAGGUGUUGAGCAGUUCGUCUGGGAUGCAGAAACACAUCAGGACCAUCCACCUGGGGUAGGUUUGGGCAUCCUGCUUGGGCCUGGUGGGCCUAUUCAGUUGCUGGCACCGUGGGCAGGUUGGAAUUGCAGUGGGGAGAAAUGUUGACAUGUUGCAUGCUUAAAUGAAGAGGGAAAAGAGUUAUGUGUUUAAAGGUAAAGGGACCCCUGACCAUUAGGUCCAGUUGCGGACGACUCUGGGGUUGCGGUGCUCAUCUCGCUCUACUGGUUAAGGGAGCCGGCAUUUAUCCACAGACAGUUUUUCUGGGUCAUGUGGCCAGCAUGACAAAGCCGCUUCUGGCGAAACCAGAGCAGCGCACGGAAAUGCUGUUUACCUUCCUGCCAGAGCGGUACCUAUUUAUCUACUUGCAUUUUGAUGUGCUUUCAGACUGCUAGGUGUGCAGGAGCAGGGACCGAGCAACGGGAGCUCACCCCGUCGCGGGGAUUUGAACCGCUGACCUUCUGAUCGGCAAGCCCUAGGCUCUGUGGGGUCAUGAAGAGUCAGACAUGACUAAAUAACAACAAGAAGAAGGAAAUCAGCCCUGAGUGCAAUCUUUCUUCACCCCUAAUUCCAGUGGUUGCUGCUAGCCCCCCUCCAUUUAUUUAUUUUUUUACUUCCGCCAGGAGGAAAGCUGACCUGGAUCAGAGCGAUGGGGAGGAAGACUUCUACUACACGGAGCUGGACGUCAACGUGGACUCCUUGACGGACGGCCUGUCCAGCCUGACGCCCGUCUCCCCCACCUCCUCCGUACCCCCGGCCUUUCCCGCCUUGGAGGAGCUGCAGCCAGUGCCGGGGCCUCCUUCGUUCAGUCCAGACAUUUCCACGGCGCCUCACCUGAGCCAGCCGACGCACAUGGCCAUCCUCAGCCAAUCGGCGCCUACGAGCGUCUGCCACAUCCAAGCCGACCAUGCGUACCAGGUGGGCUCUCCGGAUUGGAGCGCUGUCUGGAGCUUGGGGCAGGGGCGAGGAGCCUUUUUCAGCUUGGGGUCCGCUACACCUCAUUCGCAACCUUCCCUGGGCCGCUUGGCCAGAGAGGCAAAGCGGGACAGAGCAAUGAAUAGGACUCUUACCGUUGCACCUUAGAUUACCGUAUUUUUUGCUGUAUAAGACGCACCAGACCACAAGACGCACCUAGUUUUUGAAGGAGGAAAACAAGAAAAAAAAUAUUCUGAAUCUCAGAAGCCCAGAACAGCAAGAGGGAUCGCUGUGCAGUGAAAGCAGCAAUCCUUCUUGCUGUUCUGGCUUCUGGGAUAGCUGCGCAGCCUGCAUUCGCUCCAUAAGACGCACACACAUUUCCCCUUACUUUUUAGGAGGGAAAAAGUGCAUCUUAUAGAGCGAAAAAUACGGUAUAUUCCAGCUGUGCAAAAGUCAGAGGCUUCUACGCGUAACACGUCUCUCUAUAAUGCUUCCAGGCAAGCAGGAUUAUUUAUUGCAAUUGUAUCUCACCUUUGCUCAAGGCGGCCUGCAUACUUUCCCCGCGUUUUACCCUCAAAACAACAACCCUGCGAGGUAGGCUAGGCUGGGAGUGAGCGAAUGGCCCAAGGCCACCCAGUGAGCUUCAUUGCUGAGCAGGGAUUCGAACCCAGGCCUCACAGGGUCCUAGCCCAGCACUCUAUAACCACUACGCUGCCACCACUGGCUGUCAAGGAUGCAUUAAGCACUCGGACAGGGUGUGGCCCCUGGGGAGGGGAAAGGGCUGCAGAGAGAAAUCGGGUGGCGGGCAGCAAUUGGCCCACCCAGGCCGGAUGUGCCCUACCCCAGGUUUAGUGGGGGUGGGAUAUGAAUUGCUGGGGGAAAUGCUCACCGAAUAAGGAUGGCUCAGGAACCCCGAUACGGGGCAAAACCAGGUUUUCCUGUGUCCCCUCCCCCAAUACUCAAAAUUGGUGACCUUUUGUUUCUAAAAACAAAACAAGAAAUGCCACUUUGCUUUGAUUUCCAGGCGACGGGUCCUGCUGGCGUUCCGGCCGAUCUGAAAGCGCCACCCACUGGAAUGGAAAUCAGCAUAUCAUGGCAGCAGCCAACCUUUUUUCCACCUCUGCCCCCUGUCCUUUUUAAAAGCCCCCCGGUAAGUAACCCAGAGGGCCACGCUCGACUCCUCCCCUCUCCUCUGCCAGUGUUGUGGAGUGGUUAGAGUGUUGUACUCUGAUGACCUGGGAGAUCAGGGUUCGAAUCCCCUGCUCAGCCAGGAAGCUCUCGCUGGCCUUUGUUACCUUGGGUCAGCCACCUUCUCUCAGCCUAACCUACGUCUUAGGGUCACUGUUGCGAUGGGCAAGGGGGAAAACGGUGUACACCUUUGAACUCCUUAGAAGAACAGGUGGGAUAUGAAGGUAAUAAAUAUAAAUGGGCAGCUAUCUGUCCUGGAUGCUUUAGCUCAGAUUCCUGCACGGCCGGGGGUUGGACUAGAUGACCCUCGGGUGCCCUUCCAACCCCACAAUUAUUUGAAAUGAAUAAAUAAAUGCGGCUGCUGGCUACAGAGAUCCAUUGGUGUAGUCACCACCCACCAACGAAUUUAUUUUAGAAUGCUGUGUUACUUUUAUUGUUGUUAGCCGCUCUGAGCCCGGCUUCGGCUGGGGAGGGUGGGAUAUAUAUAAAUAAUAAUAAUAAUAAUAAUAAUAAUAAUUAUUAUUAUUAUUAUUAUUAUUACAGUGGUACCUCGGGUUAAGUACUCAGUUCGUUCCGGAGGUCUGUUCUUAACCUGAAACUGUUCUUAACCUGAAGCACCACUUUAGCUAAUGGGGCCUCCUGCUGCCGCUGUACGAUUUCGGUUCUCAUCCUGAAGCAAAGUUCUUAACCCAAGGUACUAUUUCUGGGUUAGCGGAGUCUGUAACCUGAAGCGUAUGUAACCCGAGGUAACACUGUAUUAUUAUUAUUAUUACAAUGGUACCUUGGGAUGCAAACAGGAUCCGUUCCGGAGCCCCGUUCACAUCCCGAAUGGAACGCAAGAUGCAACGGCACGUCUGCACGUGCGCGGGUCGCGUUUUGGCGCUUCUGCGUGUGCACGUUACAUCAUUUUGACGGUCUGCGCAUGUGCGUGCGACAAAACCCGGAAGUAAUGCGCUCCGUUACUUCUGGGUCUCUGCGGAGCGCAACCCGAAUUUGCCUAACCCGAAGUGUAUUCAUCCCAAGGUUUGACUGUAUGGUCUCUAGUUAAGAUGCCUCUCGCGGGUGGGUAUGUCUUUGGCAGCAGAAGAUGCAGCUGUCCCAUGUUGGUCUCUGAACGUAAGACGACCACAGCAGGAUGAGGCCCAUCUAAUCCAGCAUCCGCUUCUCACGGUGGCCGACCACAGGCCUGUGAGAAAGCUGCAAGCAGGAUUCGAACACAAGCCCUCUCCGGUGGUUUCCAGCAACUUGUAUUCGGAAACAUUGCUGUCUCUGACUGUGGAGGCAGAGCGUAGCUGUCAUGACUAGCAGCCUUCGAUAGCUGUCUCCUCCUCUGCUGCUGCUGUCGCCCCCCCCCCCCCCCCCGGGCCCAGAGUUAUAUCGCUGUUGCUCCGAUUGCUGCAAAGUUAGGGCACAAUGCACAAAAGUAAUAUUUUUUCUCCUUUCCCUCCCCCCAGGGCUGCCUAACCCCUAUCCGGCCUGCUGACAUAGGAGAAAAGCGCCCACAGGUCCCUCCUGUGCCCGCUGCCAAGGGGCACCCAUCAGUGCCCUCUUCCAUGCCAAAGCCUGCCACGGGCACAAGGUGAGUUGCCAGCUGGUGCUCUUGCUUACGUCUCCACCCACCGUUUGGUGUCUCUGUUUUGAAAAUAGAACGGAAAUUUGCAUCGCUCCCCUUUAGCCUCUUAAAAAGUUUUGGUUUUCACACUCGUCUGUUCAGGCUCUGCUUGUGCCCCGAGAAACUCAUUUUAAAAUCUAGGGUGGGGGUGAAUUUAAGGGGAAAGGAGUUGUUUCUCGCAUACUGUACAUUGAAACUUGCAGGUGUGCCUCUGGAGUAGAACAAGCACCAUUUGACACUUGAGGUGCUUCCAGAGAGAGAAAGUGGAGCUAUCCCCAACUGAGGUCUGUUCUGCUUUAAGCUGCCCGUGAAAUAGCAACUUUCCUUCCAGGCUUGGAGGACCCACAUAAGCUCCUGUAGGCAGUCCACCUUUUCCUAUCCCCAAAUGUGCUGGUGAUGGUGGGGUUUUCACUGGGGCUAUGGGGUGGGAGGAAAGGGUUAAAUCCUUCUGGACGCCCACCCACCCCAACCUCUCUCCAUCCUGCGCUUGUGACCAGGGUUACAGCCGCUAAAACAGAAUGUCUAGUUGCCAUCUGGGGGCCAGGCGGCGAGAAACUUGUAUCGCAGGUAGAAUUCAACGGGGUGUGUGCGAAAAAAAGGGCAAGAUCCAGGGAUCCCCAGACAUGCACCUCCAGAGGGUGGAGGUGUCAAAUGCCAUCCUGCCGCCCGGGCAUCUUCACUCGGUUGGAAGCGGCCUGGUUAAUUUCUAGCGCUGCUGCAAGUACCUCCUCCAAGACAAACAAGUGCAGAAAGCAAUGAGCACAUUGUGCAUUGCAAACAUGAGAGGCAUUUUGUUGGUCAGUACUAGAGUCUUAAGUUUGGCCAUUGUACCAUUGUACUGUGGAGAGUGUAUUAACUUAUGUGUGUGGUUUGGGAGCUGCACGGUCAGGGAAAAAACAAUGUUGUCCAGGGUUGUAAAGACUGUGAAGAGAAUAAUUGGGUGCACUCUUCCCACCUUGGAUCAAAUCUAUGCUUCCAGGUGCCAUAAGAAAGCUGCAGAGAUAGUGCAGGAUAGUGCGCACCCCAGAAAUGAUCUCUUUCAGCUUCUGCCUUCUAGAAGAAGGUACAGGGUUAUAAAGACUAGGACUAGUCGUCUGAGAAACAGUUUCUAUCCAAAUGCGAUUUUGGUUUUAAACGCAGUGCAAGGUAGUCUCUAUGGGAGUAAAGGUAAAGGGACCCCUGACCAUUAGGUCCAGUCGUGGCCGACUCUGGGGUUGCGGCGCUCAUUCGCUUUAUUGGCCGAGGGAGCCGGCGUACAGCUUCCGGGUCAUGUGGCCAGCAGGACUAAGCCGAUUCCGGCGAACCAGAGCAUCAUACGGAAACGCCAUUUACCUUCCCGCCGGAGCGGUACCUAUUUAUCUACUUGCACUUUGAUGUACUUUUGAACUGCUAGGUUGGCAGGAGCAGGGACCGAGCAACGGGAGCUCACCCCGUUGCGGGGAUUCAAACCGCCGUCCUUCUGAUUGGCAAGUCCUAGGAGUAUAUAGUAUACCUAGGAGUAUAUUGUAUUUAAUUAUGGGGUAUCUGAGUUUUUAGGGCGCUAACCAGGCUGGGAUAGCAGACUUGUUGGGUUUGAAUGUCUGAUGUCAUUUUUUUCAAUUUCGUUGUUCUGUAUGGGACAAUGACAAUAAAGAUUAUCGUAUCGUAUCGACCUGUCCGCACAGGGAGCUCCUCCUCUCUCCCUCUCCUUCAACGGCCUUUUCUGCUCUGCCUCUUUGCAGGAAGCCUCGCGGCGAGGCCAAGAAGUGCCGCAAGGUGUACGGGAUGGAGAACCGCAACAUGUGGUGCACGGCCUGUCGCUGGAAGAAGGCCUGCCAGCGGUUUGUCGACUGAGCCGAGUCCCCCUGCGGCCCAGCUCCGGGGAGGCUGCCCGCCCGCCCGCCUGGGCUCUUCCCCCUCCUCGUCGCGCGAUUUGCACUUCUGUGCCUUCCAGCCUGACCUCCCUGGCCGUCCGCCCCCCUUCCUGGCAGCACCUCCCUCUCCCCGCCCCCCUGCCCCCACCCAAGGUGGGGACUCUCAUCUGUGCCUUGGCUCAGGAAAAAGGAGAUUCUGCUGCGGACGGUGGCAGUGUAGCAAGGAAGGAACCCCUGCCUUUCCCAAGAUGUGCACAGCCCAGGCAGGCUCUCUCGACCCCCACAAUAGGAACACUCUGGUGCUUUUUCCCCCUAACCUUUUUUUAAAAAAUACCUGCCACCAAUUUUUCUUGGCCAAAUGGCAGCUUUUCCCACAUCCGCACAUGUGAAGAUUGAGCCUUUUUUUCUGUUGGGGGGGGGUUCUGUUUGAAAUAAGCUAUUUCUUUUCCUUCUCCCUGUAUCCUUUCCUCCUCCCCUUUGUAGCCUUAAGGUCAGGGAUGGGGAGCCUAUAGCCUCCCAGAAGAUGCUCAUUUCAGCUCCCAGCAUCCCUGGCUGGGGCUGAUGGGAGUUGGAGUCCAGCAGUCCUUGGAGAGGGUCCCCCACCCCUGCUCUCUAGGGUCUGAGGCGAGGGGGGGCAGCAGCCAUCAGUGCCCUGUGAGAAGGCUGCCAAACCCAAAGAGCUAAUUCGAGGCAGGCCAAGCCAAUGGUAGCUCUUCCUGCCCUCAGAGGAAAGGAGAACAAGUUUUUAUCCCAUGGCUAACGGAGAACACAGACUUUUGCACCUGGGCUUUCCUCCUCUUCUCCUUGUGCAUUUUCUGUUUCAUUAUUUUGCUUCGGUGAAUCAGGCAUUCGACAGAAAGGAAAAUGCCCCCGUCUCCAGCACCUUCAGCUGUUUUCACGUAUCGGUUGCAACACAACUUUCAGAAAGAGAAAGGUGUUUUUGUCUGUUUUUGUAUAGGUUUUGAAGGUAGUGAGUCUAAUCUAGGACUCUGAUGCAGUUGCCGGCGGGGGGGCGUUGAAUCUGUAGGGUGUCCUUGGAGCCUGAGAAGUUUUAUCUCCUCGUCUUCAUUCACUACCUGCCUUCUCUCUUCCACCUCCACCCUCCAAGACACGGAGAAGAAGGCCGUAUUAUAAGAAACAUCCAGACUUUUGCAACCUGGCUUAAGAAUGGUCCCAUGGUGGAUUUGAAUACCUUGGUCUCUUGCAAGAAAUAAGCUAUGCACGGGAAAAGGCAGCCUGCUCUUUCCCCCCCACAAGAGCCAGAAUGAAUUUGCAUUACAAGUUACUCUGACCACACAAAGGAACACUUCAACUCCCAUACGUGCAAUCCCAGACUCUCUCGAAUUUUGUGUGUGCCGGCAGGUAAUCAGGAAAUGGAUCUGCGGCAGGUUUUGACUUGGGUGCCAGAUGUGGGUGGCAAAGUUGAAAUUUCAGUGAUGAGACUCGCAACUCCCUCCCACCUGACAAUUCUGGCCCGAAUUUGAAUUUUGGAAUCAGGAUUUUCUGCGUUUCGUAUUCGGAGGAAACUUGCCAAAUGUCGAACAUUGAGGUUUCAUUUUGGUCUGUUUUUCCAUCUCCCUUCCACCUUCUGAACUGCUGCGGCUUAUUUUGGGGGGAGUAAUUGCCAUUUUGUAGCUGUUCUUGGGGUGGAGUGGGGUCCGAACCAAGCAGUGAUGAGCUUGCUUGCACUUAAAUGCACCAGAUGCCAGAAUGAUGUGCUUUAAAUGGAAUUAGUCCAAUGCACCUGUGUCACUGGACACACAGUGCAAAGGCAUGACCUUUCCAGAGAACUCUACGCAACCUCCCCACCCACCCACCUCAAGCAGUGUCUUGGGUCUCCCUUUCAUUUGGGUGGGGAGGGGUCGCUCUUGUGCAGUGGAAGUCCGCAUUGCAGCUGUUUCCUAAACCUUUUUUUAAUUUGGGAAAGUGAACAUUGAUUUUUAUUUUUUCUCAAGUAUCGCACCUGUAAAACAUGUUGAUAUCCUUACCCAAAUUUCACCCAUCUCCAUAAAUAUUUAGCUAGGCUGUUAGAUUUUUUUCCCUUUUUUUGUUUUAGGAGCCAGGUCUUUAUAACCAAACUAAUCCCGUUAAGGUUUUAAAUGUUUCGCCCUUCGUUUUUUUUUUAAUUAUUAUUAUUUUCGUGCCACACUUCAACCCCUGAGAUGUUUCUUGUAGCUAAAUAGCUACUUGUCUGAAAGACAGACCUUGUAAAGUUUGGUAGCUAUUAAUGGGAAUCCAUGGUCCUCAGAUGAAAUCUGCUUUUAGCCAAAAUGUACCCAGAGGGAACCGCGCUGAAACGACAAGCAGCGGCAGGAGUGCGUCUCCAUUCUUGCGCCGCUGCCUUAUUUCAGCGGCAUUUGCACAUUGUGUUGCACAUUUCCAAGGUGCCUGCGCCUGUCGUCCUCAUGCUUUGAAAAUGAGGACGAUCAGCUUUGGGAACCAGACUGCCGGGAAAUGCCUCAUUCGAUCGCCACUCUUUGCACUACACCAAACUGCACAAGGAUUUGAGGGUUUUUUUGGUAUGAUGUUCUUUAAGAAAUCAAAUGGUAGCAAAGUUUGCAUUUUUAAGGCCUGCCUCCCCCUAUUACACAAGGUGAAUGUUAGGUGGUUGGGGAGGUUAUCCUGUUAACUUUCCAAAAGUCUGGCUUCCAUUUUUGUAGAGGGAAUGAACCUCACUCCCCAACCUGCAACUUACUUUCUCUCUCCCUCUCACUUUAAGCAAAACUGCACUGGCUAGUGAGAGAGGUAGUUCUUCUCUCUCCCUGCCGCCCCCGCCCCCCAUUUUUUAAAAAAGCUUUGCUGUGCAGUCUCUUGCCUGCAGUGGAACGGACAAAGUCCUCCCGAGUCGGCCACAAUUGUUGUUAACUGUUGGAAGAUAAUCAGCCCUUUCCCCAUCACCCCUAUUCAAAGUGGCCUUUUCGAGACGAAGGCUGCGGUCCUUUGUGUGCUUAUGGAGCAGGAUGCCCUCUUGAGGGACUUGCUUCUGAGUAAGCAGUCAGAUUGUGCUGCAUGGCAAGCAACUGUGUGUGUGUUUGUGUGUAUGUGUGUGUUCAGGAAGCUUUAUUUUAUAUAUAAAUAUAUAUAAAAGCAGCUUUGGAAUCUGUUAAAAAGUUCAGAUUAUUUUAUUGUAUGAAAUCUCGGGUGCCCCCACCUUGGAGACAUUAGAGCGGCAGCUCUCCAUUGAAUGUAGACUUACUUCUGAGUAAGCGUGGGUAGGAUUGCGCUCCAAGGGUCUGAGACUUGUUUGGAAGCACUUGUGUGUGAACCCAGCUGAAGUGAAUGGGACUUACCUCUGAGUAAACAUGGUUAGAACAUGAAACCAACCAUAGAUGUUCAAGAGAGGAACAGCUGUUCCUGGACAAUAUCCAUGCACAUGGGAAGUUUUAAAGGCAUGGCAGAGUAAAUGCGAAGUUAGAAUCUUCCUCACGUGCUUGUUUUGUAUAUCCAGGGAAUUUUCUAACGUGGAACAGCAGCAACUUCCCCUGCCUGCAGUAGCAAGCCACUAUAAGUGCCAGCAGCAGAAGACUGUGAAAAAAAACCUAGUCACAUGACUUGGCUUGUCAAGGGAUGAGCCCCCACCCUUCUCUGUUAAAUAGCUGGAGGUCAAGUGGUACUUUGGUCCCAAUGACACUUGCCCUAGAGCAGGCUUCUUCAAACUUGGCCCUCCAGAUGUUUUUGGCCUACAACUCCCAUGAUCCCUAGCUAGCAGGACCAGUGGUCAGGGAUGAUGGGAGCUGUAGUCUCAAAACAUCUGGAGGGCCAAGUUUGGGGAAGCCUGCCCUAGAGCAAGCUUUUUCAAUGUUGGGUCUCCAGAUGUUGGACUGGAACUCCCCAUCAUCCCUGCCCUCUGGUCCUGCUAGGUAGGAAUGAUGGGAGUUGUAGUCCAGCAAUGUAGCGUAGGGGGACCUAACGUUGAGAAAGGCUGCCUAGAACGUUGCCAAAGGCAAGGAAGUGAAACGAAGGAUCUGGUUUAUCCGCCAUGCCCUCCAGGUCACGGAAGCUGCAAAGUGGGCUGUGGAAUUUGAAUCUUUCCGGUAGAAUCGGGGCUUUUGAGGAUUCAGAUCUGCCUUCCUCUGAGAGGGGCACCUUUCCUCCCUGGCCUGCCCUGCAUAUUUCCUGACAUUUAAAAUGCAAACCAAAACUGGAUUGAAGCCAGAAUGUGCUUUAAGACUGUUGGCUGCCAAGGGGAGAAGUAGACGAGACUGCCCCUUGCAAGCAUUUAUUUGAUCCUCAGUAGGUGAAGCUUUUCCCAGCCUGGAGGGAAUACUUGCUACCUGAAGAUCAAGCAGCCGUGUCUGGCACAGAAGUAAAGGGAAGAUUUCUUUUUUUUAAAGUUGGCAACCUUACUCCAUUUUCUUCCUCCCCGCCCCACUUAUUUAAACCAGCAAGCCUCUGCUUUAACUUCAAACGGCAAAAGAAAAUAUUAAAAGAGUAUUGACAGCCUAAGAGGCUAGUGUCUUAUGGUACUGGGUUAAAUCGGUGGUUUCCUUGCAGUUGUUCCUUCCUCAAGAAACCAACUAAGAUGAGGGCUUAUCUGCACUUCCUCUUCCCCGGUUUCUCCCCUCCCCCUGAAAACCGCUCUCUAGUGUUCAAUUGAGCAAACUGCAAUUGGGUUUUCUGCAGAUUGCUGUUGGUUGUGUUUUUCCCAGGAAAAGGAGAACCGUGCUUCCUAGGCAUUGGAGAAGCUCAAGUGUAGACAAGCCCUGACACAGUUGCAUGAUAUUUGCAUAUAAUAGUUAAUAUGUAUAGGAGCACAGACAUGUUGAUUUUCAGAUUGGGGGAUGGAUAGGAGUCCCAUGGUCAGAUGCACCUUGUCUUAACAACACCCCUGGAGGGAGGGCUUUUUGUCCUCAGAAGUUUCAGCAGAAGCAAAACACUUCCAAAACGCAGCCGAGACGCCUCGAGCACCCCGUGGGUGUUUGCACUUCAACUGGGAUGUUCACAGUUUGAAAUCUUACCUUAAAUAUUUAUCGGUGGCAUUUUAGCCCUGUGCUAAAAUGCCAUUGCUUCUAAAUCACCGUAAGCCUUAAAAAAAGAGAUAGAAAAACCCAUUCAAGUAAUAAAAAGUGGGGUGGGAGAGAUCAGUGGUUGCCCUUUCCUCAAGUAAAAUUUGCAGUGCCCAGCAGUGAUAUCCAGUUAACAUUGCAUCUGUGCAAAGAUUUAAACUUGUGCACUAGACUGCCCUUCUCUACACCCCCUCCCGGCACACGAUCCUAAAUUUUCUCUGGGUGGUUGGUGGUGGUGGGAACCCAGAGCAUAUUUAGGAGAGAGCAUAGGGUGGGGGGGAAUCUAUUGCACUAGUUUAAAUCUGUGUGCUGAUGGAAGAAGUUCCUUAGUUCUACUUUGUAUACACCCCCUGGGCUGCAGGCAGUUGGAAAAGGCAGUCAAACAUGCUGGGAGAAUAAUCUCUGGUUUUUGGCAGUGAUGUGACCAACUAUCGUAUUCCCAAGUCGGGCUUGUUGCUGUGUAUUAGAUCACUUUCAAGAGAGUUUGCACAAAUCUCAAGCCCCAUUUUUUUUGCAGUAAGUGGCCAAUAUUUGUUGGAUCUUGACAAUGCCAGAUACAGUUGGUGAAGCUCCGUAAAUACCUGUUUCCCCACUUGAAUUCCCAGAAUUAGGUUCUGCCCUGUGCAUACCUUUUGGGACAUUUUAACGUUUGAGUGGGAUUAUAGCCAUUAACUAAAUCCUUAAACAUGCAAUGUUUAAGGGCGGUCAGAUAAAACAGAAUAAAAGGGUCUUGGGGGAGUAGGUUGGGGGAAAUACCAGGUUUUUGACUGGCAUCCUAUCUGUUAAAAACUCCCUGCAGGUAAAAAGCUAGCACAGCAUAUAGAGUAGGGCUGCGUGAGAUCCCUUCUCAAUGUGCUGAAUUUCCACUUCCAGGGAGUUGUUUUACGAAGGGGUGCUUUCAACUCCGGUUUCUACAAGCUGCGGCUGCUGCUUGUGUAGGCUAAGUCUAGCAUCCAUCCAGGGCUUUUAUGAUUCUAUAAAUGCCAUUUUAAUGGCCUCCAAAUGGAGGUCAACACAGAGCUUGCAGUGCCUGGGAUGUUCCCCUACCCUCCUUUUUGUGAGGGACUUUGGCUUCUUUGAGGAAAGGUUGCCAUUCCACAACCUGCCUGAACAGUCUCUUUGCAUUAGCAACUGCAAGCAGCAGAGAAUGCAUGUAAAAAUUCCCCAGCAUAAAGACGCUUUUAACUUGAUUCAUAUUUAUGGCCUUGUCUGUUCUCUACAUUGCUUUAAAUAUCAAUCUAGCAAAGCAAAACAACACAUUAAAAAGUGGGACAGCUCACUGUUGGCAGGCGCAACAAAAUUGGGUCAAAUUGCCGGCUGGGCCUUGCAUCAGUGGAAUGUGGAACAUGCCUGUUGGUUCUGGGAAUCAUCCCUGGCAGGGCUAGACUGUCUGUAAAUGAGGAUUGGACAGUGUGUCAACUUGAUCAUAAUCUCAGAUCAGAGGCAGCCGGCUUCAGAAGCCGUUUGUGGGUGUUAAGCGUUACUGCUCUAUUCUGCUUUUCAGAGAAUGGCCAGACGGUGAGGAACUGAUUUUGCCACAAUAUCCCAAAACCUCCUUGGAGGUUGCAAGAUUAAAUUGGCACUUCCUUUUUGUAGCUGGGGCAUCUGCAGUUAUGGAGAGCGUGUAGUUUUGACAUUGAAUGUAUCUUCCCCAUGUUUUGAUGACUGUUUUUUUUAGGGCCACAGGCAGACAAAUCCUUUUCUAGAUCAAUGAUCUCCCACUUGUGACGCACAGGGGAGCUAUGGCGCUAUUAGCAAAACACAAACACUUUUUUUCUGUGUGUGUGUAUAAAAAUAGCAAGCUAAAACAUUCCUAAGUGCUGCCACAGCAAGAAAUGUAUUUUGAAAAGCUUUUUAAAAAACAAGCCAAGAGAAGAGGAAGAAACCAAACUAGGAUUUUUGUUUUGCUACGGUUGGAAGGAUAUUUACACAGCCCAGAAUGCGACAAACAGUUCUCUUCUUUGCCUGCCCCCCUUUAAGGAACCUUUUCUUUCAGGAUGUUCAAAGUGUGGAGGUGGCGCUUCUUGUACUGACUGUGUGUCUGCGUGUAUGUCUGUAUGUGUGUGCUGUGCUGUGCUCAGGUGACCUUUGGUAUCAGAGGAAGCGUGCCAAUCAAAUUGAGACUUUUAUCAGAUAUUCAGAGGGGAAAAAAGUUGCUGUUUUUCAAGAA